AUGCUUUUGAUAACAGGAGGAGCCUUUAAAAAAAAGAAAAGAAAAAGAAAAGGUGUUUUCAAGGAAGGACAAAAUAUAGGUUAGUGUAUUCAGGUCACAGCACUGACAACCCAAAUUGUUAUCCAACAAUUGCUGUAAGUAUAUGGCAGGCUCUUACAUGUACCCUCCUAGAUAGUGGUCUCCCCUAUUUGUUUGUUCUUUAACAGUAAUAAAUAUUCUGUUCAUGUCAUGCUAAACAAAUUUUAGGAGGAAAUCUACAUCCAUAUGCCAGUCCCUAGGCCAUUUCUCAGUCCUGAUCCAAGCUCAUAGCAUCUCCUAAUGGGUUUUGAAUUUCUUUCCAACUUACUCCAAAUGGCAGAAUGCAUUUUUCCUUUUGUUUCAUGGAGGUUCACACAGGAGAGUAUUUGACCUCCAUAUAGUAUAUUACAAAUCCCACUUAACAAUUUCAUAAAUGAAGUCUAGAAAUUUGUGAAGCUGGCCAACUGAACUGAACUAAGCCUCUUACUGACUCAGUUCAUGUGUAACAACUAACCAUGGUUUGAUGUCCUGGCAUGUUAACUUACUGUGGUUCCUACAAACCACAGUUUCCUGUAUUCAGAUAAAAUAGGAAACUGCUGCUUAUAACAAACCAGGUAUGGAAGAUUUAAUUCUUAAAUGCAAAGGGAAGGGAGAGUAUGCAAGCUUUAGUGAAGUAAUCACUAAUGAGCUCAAUGGGACUUACACCCAGAGAAGCAUGUAUAGGAUUGCUUCCUUAACUGGAACUUAAAUCUGUUGAAAACAAAAUGCUGAAAUGCCAAACAGCUAUUGGAUAUGGAAGAUCAAGAUAAAGUGUAUUUAGCUUUGUAGUUCAGGCUUCAAGUGAUUAUUGUCUUAUACAUACUAUCUAGGGGCUCAUAUACCCUGUCAUAUAUGGAUCUAUGUUUAAUAUCAGACUGUCAUUUUACAACAUAAAGCUGACCUGUUGGUUAAGUGGCCUUAGAUUGACAUACAACGCAGCUGACUCCAGGAUAGUGAAAACCUGACAAGAAUCUAGGAGUACAGAAUCUAGGAAUUUGCCUGGAGCCUUGGGUCUGCACAAACUGUUGCCUCGGGUAAACAGGUACUGUUAACUAUUUAUUGCUUGCAGGCAGUUUUGUUAUGUGUUAAGCAAGAGGUUAUGAAACUUGGAAAGCUGACUCAAGUUACUUUGUAAUAAUCUUGUAUCUAUAUUUGUAAGAAAUGGAUAUUAUUUCCUUAAUCUUCCUGUUCAUAUUCUUCAAGAUGAAAAUCCCUGCAUAAAGUUCACCCAAAUUUCCCCAUAAUCAUUUAAAUACAAGGUGUUAAUGGGUGUGGUGCAUUGCUUUGAAAUAAUUUGCUGAUUAUUAUUUUUUGGGAGGUGUUUUUUUCAGUCCCAUUAUUAGAACUUCAGAGCAGAUUCAUAAUGCCGCUGUGAAUGCCAGUUAAAAUAUAACAUCAUGUAUCCACAGUAGGAAUGGAAGGGACUGUCAUUUUAUGUUCUCUUGGUUUCACAUUUUCCUAAUCUUAAAUUCAGUUCUCUGCAUUUCUUCAGGAAUCUGCAUUUUUUCUACAUCUAUCUAUCUAUCUGUCUAUCUAUCUAUCUAUCUAUCUGUCUAUCUAUCUAUCUAUCUAUCUAUCUAUCAUCUAUCUAUCUAUCUAUCUAUCUAUCUAUAAAUCCUAAUGAAAAUUCAUCUUCAUUUUGGUGCAGAUUUCUCCUAAUAAACACAUUUUUGUAUGCAGUUUUUACAAACGUACACAUUUUUUGCAAAGCAGUUACCUCCAAUAUAAUACAUUUUUGUGUGUUAUUUUCACAGAUGUAUUCAAUUUUUAUUCACACUUUGCCCUGAUAUAUGUAUUUAUGAAAACAUUUUUGGUUGGUUGGAGAACCACCUGGCGAAAUUCAGAAAAGUGUGCAUUUCAAACGAUGGCUGUGCUUCAGUUCUGAUACUGUUUGGGGAAGUGCAAAUUUGCUAGAUUCACCUUUAGAUGCAAACUGAAUUGAAUUCCUCCCCCAUCCGUAAUCCACAGGAGCUCUUUGCAGUCAUCCCUGAUCACUGUGGAUGCCAACUGGAUCAAUAGUCUUCCACUUAGAGAAAUAACCUCUGUGGCUUCUUCAAGGGUGAUCCCAUGCCCUGCAUCCUGAAGUCUGUCGGAUCCUGCAGCUUGGAGCAAUGGCACAUUCAUGUCAUAUGCACCCAAAGGAAUAUUUCCAAACGACUUCUUUUAUUGGAGUGGAGUAGUUGGAAAUCACACCUGAUACAGUGAUAUCAAUAAAAAUGUAUUGACUCCUUCUUACUGUUUCAGCAGCUUGUUGUCUUGGACUCAUUCUUUUUUGGAUGUAAUCUCCUUGGGACUUUCUUGAGAUUAGAAGAAUCAUAAUAUUUAUAUAAUUAUUUAUUUUUUAAUAUUACUAUAGAAUUUUACAGGUGGGACUUAUAACAACAACAACAAAAAAUGUUAUGGAGUGCUCCUGUUUAGGUUUCUAGUCAGCCAGCCAUAUCUUCUUCAGUUACGCUUCAUUCUGGUCCCCAUUCCUCCAUAGUUUUCCAUUUCGCCAUCAGCACUCUCUGACCAAAGAGCUUGGUUAGUUGACCUUGGGUUUUGAGUUUCUCCCUGCCCUUUGAGGUUCCUUGCCCCCCUAUUAAAUAUUAUUUGUGCUUGUCCUGAGCAUGCUCAGCCCAAGCAGCACAGCUGCCCCAUGGUUUACUUCUUUAUUGACAAAGUAUGAACUUACAGUAGCUCCUGAGGUGCACUAAAUGUGCGCGUGCACACACACAUACACUCUCUUUCUCUUCUGGUGGCUAGGCAACUGAUGCCCCUCCCUGGGCUUGUGCUGGAGCAAUGGAUGGUUGGAGCAAUGGGUGGCCACGCCUACACCCUCAUCUGACGGUGUGAGUGCAAGCUUCCUGCAACUUCUACAUGCAAGUUGUCACUGUGCCUGCCUUUUCAAGCCCCUCCUGUUUCUAGGGGACAGUGGGGGAGAGGACAGAAGGGAUCCUGCUGCCCCCUCCCUUCAGGCACCAUCUCUCAGCUCCUGGUGCGACAUGGCCUUCUUGCAGCUCCAGCUCCAGUCCUACGUCCUGCACCUCCUCCCUUGUCUCUGACUGCUCAGACCCCUCCCCAUCCUCCAGCUCUGGUUCCUGUCUCUCGGGAGGCACAGGACCCCUGCCAUCUUCCAAGUCUUCUGAAUAAUUUUCUGUCUUCUUCUGCAUGGUUACAUAGACAAUAUUCAGAAAUGGUGCCUGUGCUGCACUAGGUCUCUUCUUUCCUGAAGUUUAUCUAUUUGGCACCUUUCUGUCUCUCAGGGGCAUGUGCCAGGCACUGCUUGCUAUAGAAGCAAGCGCACAUGUGCAGAAACAAAAUUUCAUUCUCAGUUGCUAUCAAAAUUCCGCCCUCAGUUUCCAUUCUCUUCUGAGAUUUCCAAGUAAUUCCCUGUGUUCUUCUGCAUGGUUACAUAGGUAAUAUUUGGAAAUGCCCAGUGGACCUCUUCCUUCCUAGACGAUAUAUAUUUGACCCCCUUCAGUCUCCCAGGAAUGUGAUCCUGUGGAAGCAAGCACACUCAUAUGGAAACAAAAUUUAACUCUCAAGUGCCGCUUUCUUUUGAGACUCCCAAAUAAUCCCUUGUCUCUUUCUGCAUGGUUACAUAGAUAAUAUUUAGAAAUGGUGGCCAUUUCCCAUUGGAUCGGUUCUUUCCUAGAGUGUAUAUAUUUGACCCUCUUCAGUCUCUCAGGAAUAUGUGCCAUGUAGUCUUGUGGAAGCAAGUACACUUAUACGGAAAACAAAAUUUCACUCUCAGUCGUCUGUUGGGAAUUUCUGCAAUCUUCCCAGGAGCUGCUUUGUCCCGUAGCACAGCAAUAUAGUGAAAACACAACAAAACACAAUAGAAGGAAAGGGUACUUUUGUUUUUGUUUUAACAGGGCUGGAGCACAAAUCAGCUCAUAGGUUUUGAAUAAACCAGCUGUCUUCAUUUCACUCCAACAUUCCAGCCAUUCCAGCCACAGUGGAGAGUUUCAAAGAACUGUUUCAGGAGUGCUUGUGGGUAACAGGGUUUUGAGGGUGGAGGUAGAGGGUAUAUAACUGAGAAUCUUUUCCAGUACAGUGGUACCUCGGGUUACAUACGCUUCCGGUUACAUACGCUUCAGGUUACACACUCUGCUAACCCAGAAAUAGUGCUUCAGGUUAAGAACUUUGCUUCAGGAUAAGAACAGAAAUCGGGCUUCGGCGGCGCAGCAGCAGCUAAAGUGCUUCAGGUUAAGAACAGUUUCAGGUUAAGAACGGACCUCCGGAACGAAUUAAGUAUUUAACCCGAGGUACCACUGUAUAUAACUGAGAAUCUUUUCACAGUGCUGAGUCACAGAAAGAGUUACGCUCCCUUUUAAAAGAAGCGCCGUAAAGUACAUUAAACUGGCUCACAAAGGAAAGACGCCUAGAACAGGAGGAAACACGGAGGCUGAGGAGAAUGACACAGCCUUGUCACUGAGAACCAGGUGCCUUCUUUAUAGGUAGGAUCAGACACACCUCCCCCCAAUGGAGCAUGUGUGUGCAUUGGGCCAAAGAGUCGCAAGGAGUGAGCUUGCCCCACCUCAUCUCUAGAAGCUUAGUGAGAGGAGCAGGUCAACUGGUGGGACAUCUUUGUAGCUUCCAUUCAGUUAUGAACCUCUUACCUUGCUCUUAUACCUGGGAAUUGUGACUCCUGGACUUAGCUUGCUACUGAGUCUGUACCCCUAUAAGUCUGAAUAAAGAUCUCUUCCUUCCUUACAAAUAAAAGUCACUGUCAUGUUUUUUUAGGAAGGGAGUGUGACAUCCUGAAGGGUUUGCACAAAGCGUACAUUGAGGUUACAUUUUACUGAGCAAUCAUUUGUUGAUUUGUAUACAGUCUAAACCACUGAGCCUUGGGCUUGCCGAUCAGAAGGUCGGCGGUUUGAAUCCCUGCGACGGGGUGAGCUCCGUUGCUCGGUCCCAGCUCCUGCCAACCUAGCAGUUCAAAAGCAUGUCAAAGUGCAAGUAGAUAAAUAGGUACUGAUGAGGCGGGAAGGUAAAUGGCGUUUCUGUGCACUGCUCUGGUUUUGCCAGAAGCAGCUUAGUCAUGCUGGCCACAUGACUUGUAAAAACUGUCUGUGGACAAAAGUCGGCUCCCUCAGCCAGUAAAGCAAGAUGAGCACAGCAACCCCAGAGUCGUUUGCGACUGGACUUAACUGUCAGGGGUCCUUUACCUUUUUUUUUUAAUACAACAAUGAGCUUUCAUCCUGAUUUGCUUGCUGGGUGUUUCUGCAUCUUCCUGUUAAUCAUCUGUUAAUCAUACCAUACUUUUCAGUGUAUUUUCCUGUCACCUUCCUAACAGCAAAAAAGUAAGGUUUUUAAUUUUAUUUUUUAAAAAUAGGUGUGUGUGUGUGUGUGUGUGUGUGUGAGAGAGAGAGAGAGAGAGAGAGAGAGAGAGAGAGAGAGAGAUAGGGCGAUAGAGCACUUUAAUCCACUUUAAUUGCACAAACCUAACUUUCCACAAUGUGGUUGAAUCCCUCCUGAAAAAUAUUGACGGUCUGGAGGUGACCCAAGCUACUUUCUCUCCAGCUCAGUGCCUCCAUCUGUAAAAUAGGGUUAAUAGUACUGAACUACCUUUUAAGCGAAUUAAACAAAAAUCCAAAUGAAUUAGUGCUGCAUUUAUUUCGCUAAUCUUGACUUUUACACAAAGAAUGUUUAUAGUCAGAGCAAAAGAGCAUUUCUGGAGUCUUGUUUCUUUAAGACACAGUACACCGUCCUUUCAGAAUGCAAAUAUUCGGUGGAUUUAAUAGUUUGCAGUUCGAGUCCGCCGUUUGCUUUGUAACCUGCCACUCGCCGUGACAAAGAUAAUCGCAUUUGGCAGCCUUCUCUUGGUUGAGCCAGGCAAAUUGAAUUAAUAUACUGCAGAGAUUAAAUGUUUUAGCAAUUGCUGUUGCUUGCAGAAUUGGGAGAGGGAGAGCAAGCAAGUUUUGGAGCACAAGGAGCUUACUUCCUGUCCUGCCAUAUGGUGCUCUCCCUGAGAGAGAAGGUUUGAUCUUUGGCUUCUCACCACAUCAAAUUGAUUACUAAGAAGAAGUGGGGUGGGGUGGGGACUGCAAGCAUGCUAAGUGCUGUUUCAUUCCAGGCUCCUUUGCAACCGCUAUUCAUUGUCUUAGCAGGGCAGCCCAUUAAACCCGUGUGCAGAACGGCUUCUGAAGGACUUGCCCUUUGCAGGCUCUUUCAGUGUCGCUCAUUAAGUUGUGUGUUGCUUUGAAUUAACGGGCCUGUAACUCAUCUUGCAUCUCUCUUACAAACUCAUUGGUUAACAGAAGCGGAGCUCAGGUGUUUUCUGCCUACUGCUAAGAACUGAAAAAGAAAGGGGCGGUUGUUUUGGAAACGACAGUCUGAUUAGGUUAUUCCAGAGGGGUAACCAUGUUAGUCAGUUGCAGAAAAAACAACAGAGUAUUGUGUGGUGCCUUUAUUAUGGCAGAGCUCAUUUUGUCAGAUGCAUGAAAUCACCCUUUGGCAGAGGGUGGCCUUCAACUAAGUUUUUACUCAGAGUAGACCACCAAUUGAAAUUAUUGGCCGUGACUUAAUAAUGUUUAUUGAUUUCAGUAGGUCUACAUACCCUCCAACAUUUCUCCAAUGAAAAUAGGGGCAUCAUAUUCAAUGAAGAUGAUGAUGAUGAUUUUAUUAUAGUUCUAUGUGAUAGCUUUUUAUGUUAAACUUUUCAAUCUCUUUUGUGAUGAGAUUGUGUACUGUAUGCUUUUUAUUUUUUGUUUAUUGACUGUAAUGAAUUCAUAGAAUCAGUUGAUCUUUGGACAGAGAUAGUCUGGCCACAGUGGUGUUUGUUUUGGUCCUCCAGUUGGAUUGCUGGAGUGGGUUAUUCAUGGCACUGCCUUUGGAGACAAACUGGAAGCUUCAGUUGGGGAAGAAUGCAGAGGUCAUAGUUAUGACUGGAACUGCCAGGUUUGGUAUACCUGGUACACCAAUUUUAUAACUGGUGUAUCAGGAAGUUUUUUAAUGUUUGACAUUUUACUUUGUUUUUGUAUGCACUGUAAGCUGCCCGUAGUGGCUGAGGAAACCUAGCCUGAUGUGCGGGGUGUAAAUGUUGUUGUUGUUGUUGUUGUUGUUGUUGUUGUUAUUAUAGCUCUGCAUCAAUGCAAAGUGUCCAUCAUUAUCUUUAAUAAAGCCAUAGAUAGUUUGGGAUGUAGAUUCAAGAAGGAGCAUUUCUUCCCAUUGCAAUGGGCCCAUAACUUCUACUGAGGUCCCCUGAGUGCUUCCAUUAAUAGAGGUGCUGUAUUCAGGAACAAGGGAGAGAGCUUUCUGAGUAGUGGCACCUCAGUUAUGGAAUGCCCUCCCUUAACAGUCUCACAUGAUACCUGCGAAACAUUUUGACCUCAGGAAAACUAUUUGCAUUUACCCAGGCAUUCUAAUAUGUUGUAAAUCCUACUUUCAUUUUCAAGGAUUUUGUCAGCUCUAUUAUUUAUAUCGUGAUAUAAAUUGGUUGCAUGCUGCCCUUAAAUCCAAAUAGUAUAGACAUGUUUUAAAUAAAUGAAACAGGUGCUUUUUAUUCUCCUUAAUAGUGGUUGGCAGGAGAUACCUUUCCUACUUAUGAAGUAGUAAUUAAAUGCCUACUUGCUGCCACUAAGCUAUGUCUUGCCUAGUUAUGGAGGUUAUCUAAGGUCCCUACUCUCUCUGUCAGCUAUGGGACUUUGCAAUUAUGAGUAAAUUAACUGAACAGAUCCUAGUAGCAGGAGGACAAAUCAACAACAACCCUGCUUCCUUGAAAGUUUGUUACUUUGGUUUCAUAUACUGUACAGUACUAAUAUAAGCAAGCAGACAUUUCUCAAGCCACAAACUGAUAUAUUACAGUUAUGGUCCUUUAAUAUUUGCCAGCUUUUUCACAAAUGUAUGUUACGGAAUGUUGGAAUGGGGUAGGGGAGGAAAUGUUUUGUGCAGUGCCAACAAUCUAGAAAGACCUAAUGACCCACCCAUUUAGUAGAGAUCUCCUUCAUCUCUGCUUGCUAUAUUUUGACUGUGCAAUGGUUUUUUUAAAAAAUAAAAGAACCAGAUCACUUAGAAUCAUAGAGUUGGAAGGGAUCCUGAGGAUCAUCUAGUCCAACCCCCUACAAUGCAGGAAUGUGCAGCUGCCCCAUAUGGGGAUCAAACCUGCAACCUUGGUAUUAUCAGCACCAUGUUUUAGCCAGCUGAGCUAUCCAGGCUUAAAAGGCUUAUUAACAGGUUAUUGGUGAUGAUUGAGACAUGGAGCCUCCAUGUUCAUGGCAGCAUAUCCCUGGUGAUCAGAUGCUGGGAUGAAAGAACAAGCGAUGGAUAAUUCAAUGUCCUGGUUGUCUGCUUCCCAGAAACAUCUGCUGUUCCUCUGUGUGUGUGUGUGUGUGUGUGUGUGUGCGCGCGCGCAUGCAUGCAUGCACGCACGCACGCUCUUGAUAGUGAGUCUUAAAAUGGACCCUAUUCAUUUCAUGUAAAACAGAAAUAAAAUGAGCAGGUGAGUGCAGGGCUCCUGCACCUUUAAUAAUAAACUGCACUUGGUGAAAUUUCAUCUUCUACACAACUAUUAAAGGUGCAGGAGCCCUGUCAUCUUUUCCAACCUGAACAGAAAUUAACCCCAGGAAACAGGAUGCUCUACAAAAACAAGCAAACAAGCAAAAACAAGCAUCCCUCUAGGAUGCUUCGAUUAAACUGCAGAAUCAGCAAGAAUUUUCCAACAACUUGCUCCUUAUCAACCCAAAUUCCUGCCUAAAAUAACCCAUAGCCCAGCCCGUUAUGUAUAGCUAUUUAAGAUCAGGGAGGCUCCUGUAGAAGGACUAAUCCCACUUGCAGUAACUGUGUCAGGGAAGUCACAGAAUGCCCUGUACAAUCAGCAUCCUGCUGAGGAUUUCUUGCCUCUGUGGGUGAAUCAUCUGGCGAUAAGGUGAAGAAAUCACAUGCCUGGAUGGGUUAUAAAACAGCAGUUCCACGUGGCUGGUGAGAUGUUCUGUCAGGCUUAUGAGAUUUUGGAACUUAGUCCAUUGGCAGGCUGCCUUCAGCAGUAUAGACAGGGCAUGUGGGAGCAACGCUCUCCUGCUAUACACGAAUGUCUGCUUCAAUCAUUAUCUAGUAUAACCAUCAGGUGUCAGUCACAAAUCCACACAUCCCUUGCUCCUGCAGAGCCACUCUACAUUUGAAAACUAGAGGAGACACACAAAGUGGUCAUUUAAGCAAUGCAUUUCCAUUUAACACUUGUGUGUUGAUAACCCAGUUGUUGAGAGUGUUUUUCAAAAAACAAACAUAUCACAUGAUCAUCUGCUGAGUUGUCCAGAGCUUGUUUAAAAAAGAUCUAUCUGUAAAUACAGAGAUUGAUACAGCAAUUUUCAUGGUGUUUUAACCAGUAGUGCAGUAGCAAAUUUAGAAGUGCAGUGUCAGGGCUGGUUCAGCACAGAAAUUCAAAAGUGAGCAGUAAGGUUGAUUCUUUAUUCAGAGAGACAAAACACAGCAGAGAACUUGGUGGGCAGAACUAGCCCAAUGAAGCAGUUGCCAGAACUGUGGAUCUGAGCCUCCAGCGAGCUGCCUUCCCCAUAGUAGCAAACUCCUUCAUGGAGGGGCUGUCUGUGCCUUUUCUUAUGCUACAUGCAAUGGCCUCCUCGUUCUUCAGGACAGAGGAGGAGGGGAGGGGGAAACUGUGGAAGUGGCAGAUUGCUGGGGAUCUGUUGCUGCCUCAGCCUCCUCCUCCUCAGCUGUCUCACUCUCAAUGAAACCUAUUGCUUGCUCAGCCUCCAACUUGUCUGCCCCCUUUCUUCCUCUGACUUAUCUUCUGAAUCCCACCACCAUCCUCCUGACUCGGAGCCUUCCCACUCUGAUGCUUCCCGGUGGGGUGGGUUCCCUGGCUGUAGCCUCCCACCAUUCCCCCUCAUCUAGCCAGUCCCUGAUCCAUUCAUACAAAUCACAGCCACGCCCCUCUCACUGCUAUGCUUCCUUAUAAGACUUUAUAAUCCACUAAGAUUAUACAGUAAUCUUAUAAUUAUACAAUAAGAGCAAUUAAGGAUGCAUGUGCUACUUUUUGUGUGUGCGCGUAUGCAUAGGCAAAUGAUUUGGAGAGCUCCAGUCUCUUCUUUCAGAGCGAAUGGCGUUUUCCUUGCAGUUCCAUCUUACAUAACAGAACUUGGAACACCCUUUGUUUUCAGUGUUCCCAAAUGCUUAGCUUUGGAGCAUCCAGAACAACAACUGCAUGAUGUUCUUCCCAUGUGCCUUCUCAAGAGUGACCCAAGGAGCUGUUGGAAACACGCCUGGGAAGGCCCCCAACUUCCCAAGUCUUCGGGGCGUCUCUCCAGUGGUCCUCCCUGGCUGUAAAUCUCCCUCAGUCCAGAGAGACCGGUGAUAAGCGACUCCUCUCUCCUGAGAGGAGCACACUCGUCUUCUGGUGUAUCAUUGCAGAAGAAAGACUCAAUCAGUAGCUCUAAAACUACUUUAUUUACAGUCUAUAUACAAAGACUCCAUCAGCACGUCUGUGCUCUUUCAGCAUCAGUACAGAACAGCAACACUUUCAGAAGUGAAACUAACUUCCAACAGUCCUCAGACUUCCUGUCUCAUGCUCACUCAGACACUCACAUGAUGUACACAAAACAUAGUACAACAGUACCACUUGCUGGAGCAGCUCGGAGAGAUAAAAAUCCUAACAGGAGCCAGUCCUCAGUGGCUGACUCACCUUUCCCUCUGAUUGGCUUGAAUCAGCACAAAGGGGCGGACGGCUCCUUCUCAGUGGCUGGAAAGAUCCACUUUCAUGCUGACUGGGUGGUUCUAGGGUGCUAGAGACAGGGACCUUGCUGAGUCUUUGAUCCCCUGUGACGACUGGGCCACCACACCUCUGGUUUUAACAAACAAAAGACUGUGUUUGGAAGAAGUGGUCUCCAUUCAAAUUUCUGGUGCUCGCAACAGAUUAUUGGGGAAAAGUUAAAAGAAUAGAAAAUGAGUUGAAAGAAAAACCUAAAAUGGCAAUUCACAGGACAUAUCUUGGAUAUGCUUACUUGGAAGUUAUUUCCACUGUGUCCAGUGGAACCAGCCUGACAUGUUUUGCUGCUGUAGGCAAAAUGCCCUGAUGCCACACCCCACAGAACCAAGCCUCCUUGCCCAGCUGUUGCACCUGUUCUGCCACCAGCCCUGCCAGUGAAACUGCACAGGUGCCUGUGGCUGUGCCACAAUGCCGCCACAAUGCAGUGACAAGGGUGCAGUGGUGCGAGUGAAGCCUGCGGGGGGGGGGAAGGUUGGCAGCAGCUCAGUGGCUGGGGUGGGGAGAAGGUAGGGCAAGGGUCGGAUCUGCUACCUGAGGCAAAUGGCUUCACCUUGUCUUAUUGAUGAAUGGCGCUCACCCUCUGAUAAGUUUUAAGGUUGCUGCUUAGUGAUGCAGUUCCUAAGCUGCAAUCUUAUGUACAAUUAUUAUUUUAAUAGAAUUUUCGCUUGCUGAGUGUGUACUCUCUUUUAGAGAGUAAGCCCUUUUGAAAUUACAGGGACUUCUGAAUAAGAAUAUUAUUAUUAUUAUUAUUAUUAAUAAUAAUAAUAUCAUCAUCAUCAUUAUCAUUGCGUAGGAUUGCACUGCUGUCGAUGUGUUAUCAUGCAUAUAGUGCUGGACUAGAAAUCCUUACUUGGCUUUGCUGUGCAGCUUCCUGGAAUCUGUUGAGCAAGUAAUUAGCAUUUAGACUAACCUACCUGUAGUGCACAUAAAAUGGGAUCACCCCAGGGAUGCUAUUGUGAGCUCCCUGGAGCAAGGGUGGCAUGCAAAUGAGAUAGACAAAUAAAAUGACAUACAUCCCGGGCUUACUUAUUUGAGGUCAGGAAGUGGGGAUGUAAGAACAUAAGAAGAGCCUGCUGGAUGAGGCCAAUGGCCCAUCUUAGUCCUGCAUUCUGUUCUCAUGAUUGCCAACCACAUGCCUGUGUGAAACAUGCAAGCAGGACCUGAAGGCAAGAGCACUUUCCCCUCCUGUGGUUUCCAGCAACUGGUAUUCAGAAGCAUUACUGCCUCUGACCGUGGAAGCAGAGCAUAGUCAUCACAGCUAGCAACCAUUGGUUCCCUUAUCCUUCAUGAAUUUGUCUAAUCCUCUUUUAAAAUUGCUGGUUAUCACUGCCUUAUAUGGAAUGUAGUGUCCCAUAGUUUGACUAUGUGCUGCAUGAAGAAGUAUGUCCUUCAAAAUUCAGAUUCAUUAGAUAUCCACAAAACCAUUAACAGUCCACAAAGUGCAUAGAGAAACAUUGCGGACUUCCAGAUGCACCACCAGUGUCAUGGUGUAACUUCCAGUCAAUUAAUCCCAUCACAACACAGCUGCAUUGUUUUGGGGUUUUGAAGGUUUCUAAUGAAAGACUGGGAGGAGCUGGGAGUAAUUAAUUAAGCUGGCUAUAAUGGACACGUGUUCCAUUUUCUCUCCCUUACAUUUUAGGUGCAUAAACAUUGUCCUGUUGUUUGGUACCAGCUUUGCCAAGCAACACAGUGGGAAUUUAGCUGGUUAAUCAUAAAUGGGGACGCAUGCUGCCUUUUGUACUGAGGUCUGUGAGAGAAUGAUAAAUCCCGAGCGGCAGUGCAGGGGGCAGCUGUAUAGGAGGAUAAUGCACUGCCUGAUGCAAGUGAUUUGAGGGAGCUGCUUGAUUUAGUAACAUCCGGUUUACAUAAUGUGGAGCGAUUCUGGCCUCUCGAAAAAUUGACAACAACCACUGAAGAUUACCGCACGCCAGCAGCCGUUUUGUGGAUUAUCUGCUUCAACGUCCCAGAAGAUUAAUAAUGUCACUUUCAUCCCAGUGUCAAUAUGCACCAUCUCCUGAUGAACAUGGUGCCAAAAAUGCUGCCAAUCUCCCUUUCCCUAUUUCCCCUCAUCUCUGCUGCUCAAAACAAACACACUCGCCCUCCCACACCCCUUGUAUAUGGUUCUUCCAAGCACAGAAGGAGAGAAGUGAGGGAACUAGUCUGAGAAUUAAGUGUUGCCUGUUUGUGACUUUCUCCACCCUUUCAUUUGGAAUUGGUGAGAGUCAUUUCAGAGGUGACCUCAUAAGCGCCCCAUUUUUCUUGUCUCCUGAAUUCUUCACCGCCCCCCUCUUUUAAGAUAGCACAGUAUUUGGGGCUGUCUUUGAAAAUGUUCCAGAAAUUUAAGUUACUUAGGAACUAAAUAUCUCGAACUGAGCAAUCUAAGCGCAUUGGAUCAGUGCUUUGCCAUCUUCACUGGUUCUCCAUUGCUGGGCCCUACUCAUGGUUUUGAACUUUAAGAUCCUUCACAGCUUGGGACCAGCUUGGGGUGAGGGUGCUCUAAAAGAAAACUGCCUCUCUCCACAGGUGCCUGCCUGGACCUUGAAACCUGGUUAAGACCCACCAUAAAGGAGGGCACACUCAAUUGCAAUUCUUGGCUGGAGCUUUCGUUGCACCUUUAAGCAGAUAGAGACAUAUGGCCCUAUUGAGAAAUGGCAAAAAUCCAGCAACAGUCAGGUUGUGACCAAUGAUGGCCAGCUCACCCUAAGGCCGCACUACUUUGGGAUGCAAAAUGCGGCUUCAUAUGAUCUAUAUGUUUUGCAUGUGCUUCCUUUGUCCCACAGCCUCCCCUUGUAGGUAACAUUCUCAAACUAUUUUCUGGGCCACUCUCUGUAGUGUCAGCUAGUUGCUAGCAAGAAUUCUGCAUAGCAUUGUCUGAUCAGAAUUUCAAAUAUAAAAAGAAGCAGUUAGCACAUCACUUCUAUGGAAUUGCAGCAGAGCCUAAUAUAUUCUUUUCUGUAAUAAGCAUGUCUUCAAUGGUCCAUGUGGUUCUGGAGAAAGAACAUGCAUGUGCAUAUUCUGUGCUAAAAAAUAUGGAUUCUGCAACGGAUAUGAAUCAGACACGCUGAGCUUAAUUUAUUAUACUUCACUUUUACUGCUUUGCUUAAUUACCGUAUUUUUCGCUCUAUAAGACGCACCAGACCACAAGACUCACCUAGUUUUUAGAGGAGGAAAACAAGAAAAAAAAUAUUCUGAAUCUCAGAAGCCAGAACAGCAAGAGGGAUCGCUGCGCAGUGAAAGCAGCAAUCCUUCUUGCUGUUCUGGCUUCUGGGAUAGCUGCGCAGCCUGCAUUCGCUCCAUAAGACGUACACACAUUUCCCCUUACUUUUUAGGAGGGAAAAAGUGAGUCUUACAGAGCAAAAAAUACGGUAAUUCUGUGUUGGCUAUUCUUGGCGGCGGGGUUGGGGGAGGGGGGGGAACUAUGCUUUGGAAUACAGUACUGACUCCCCAACCACUUCAAAUCUUAUUCAGCCUCUCCCCGCCCCAGCUUCUCAGAUUUCAGCAGUGAUGGAGGCUAGGAACUUGUGAGAUUUUUAAAAACGAAUGUUGAGAUUCCCAGGUAAGCUGAAAUACGCACUCUGCUAGACUCACAACAUUAGGGUUGCCAUAUUUCAAACAGUGAAAAUCCAGAUAGAAAAGUCAUUGUAAAUUAAGGUGACUCUUCAUAUAAGAAUUGCUAGGCAACUCUGGUUUGAUAGCAAUGAUGAAAUAUAUUGCAGAACACAAAAACAUCAAUAAGCACUCUGUUUCUGUUAUAUGCCAAAUUCUUGUACUCCUUCCCCCUCUCCUUCUUGCUUUAUUGGCCGCUGGAUUAUUUGCAUUUGUCUUGAAUAUUGGCAGAGAGGUUUGUAAAAAUACAGCUUUGUCUUUGGGACUUCAGAAAAAGAUUGGCACAUUAUUAUUCUUUUAUUCUGUGAUGAUGUUGCGCCAUUUGGUGCCCAUGGGCAUGAAAAGUGCAACUGGGAAGGUUUGUAUCUGUAUCAAAGCAACAUUUUAUGUGCUACUCCCAAUUGAUUGCCUAUUGAAUUUUGAAGUGAUUUAUCGGCUAUGCUCCUGAACAUAUUAUGAAUAAUUCAGUCCUUUAAUGCAGUUUGCAGCAUUAACACAACUUUAUUUAGUUCCUUUUGGCUGGGUUUUCAGAAGUUCCUGCUGCUUUUAAAGGAGCCAGGCUUGGGACUUAAAAAAACAAAACAAAUCUGAUUUGCAGUACUUGGCAACUCACUCUGAAAAGCAGGUUUGUUGCCCUUCUGCUGUUACAGGUGCACCAGAAAUUUAAAAUGCAAUCGGCCUCCUGCCCCCCAAAUAUUUGCACGUUCACAUCAUUAUCACAAACAGACCAAGAUUUUAACCACAAUUUGAAUUGGGUUUGAAAAUCAUGGUUAAAAUUUGAGGGGCCAAUUUGUAAUGUGAAAAAGGAAACUAUCCACUGCAAAAGAAUACAAAUAUUUGCAUAACAUUUGCAUGUGCUGGUUUAUGUGCCUAGAUGCAUAUUUAUCAAUAAUUACCUUAAUUUAAAUAGAAAUACAAUUUAUCUCACCAUAGCGGGGAAGACUUUGGUUAGCUGACUCCUGGGCCUGCUCUGUUGCCUCCAGACUGCCUCUGUUUUGUGGGAGGGAUUCAGUCGCAUUCCAGAAAUUGAGGUUGGGGCAAUUAAAGUGGAUCAAAGCAUUCUGUGCAGCAUAUUCUCAAAGAACUGACCCCAUGCUUUUGACUGUAGGGACAAUGUAGACCCAAAUGAAUAUGAUGGCAUAAGGGAAAGAGAAGGUAGCUCACACUUAGGGACAUGUUCUUGAGAGACGGAGAGUGGCAGGAAACCCAUGUUAUUUGGAUUGUUCAUCAUGAGAGCUCCCAUCCUGUAGAGCAGUGUUUCUUAAACUUUUGUCCCCAGCUGUUGUUGGACUACAACUCCCAUCAUCCCAAGCUAGCAGGACCAGUGGUCAGGGAUGAUGGGAGCUGCAGUCCAACAACAGCUAGGGAUCCAAGUUUGAGAAACACUGCUGUAGAGCAAGGGUGGGGAUCCUCCUGGGCCCAAAAUGCAGCCCCCCAGGCCUCUCUGUCUGGGCCCCAGGACACACCCUCGCCAGCUCUACUCCUAGCCCUUCUCAAGGACUUGGCUGGAAUGCAUCCUUGAAUGCUGGUCAUGCCUCUUGUUUGCCUGAAUGUAGGACUGUGGGUGUCCAAGCACCUAAAUGAAUGGGAUGUGGCCAAUGGUACAAAUAUGAGAGGCACAUCCAUUGCCCCACACUGGCAUGUGGCUCUCAGCUGAUUCCCCUUCAUAGAAUCAUAGAGUUGUAGAGCUGGAAGGGGCUACGAGGGGCAUAUAGUCCAUCUCCCUGCAAUGCAUGAAUAUUCUGCCCAACAAUGGGGCUCUACCAACUGAGCUGGAAUGCUCAGUUUGGAUUUUUUUUUUUAAAGGUUCCCCAUUCAUGCUGUAGGGUGACCAUAGGAGAUAGUCUAAAAAGAGCUACGGGGGAAAGGCUGUAGCUCAGUGAUAGCACUUCUGCCUUGCAUGCAAAAGGUCCCGGGUUCAAUCCCCUGUAGGUCCCCUGUCUGAAACCCUAGAGAGAUGCUGUCAAUCUGUGUAGACAAUGCUGAGCUAUAUGAGCCAAUCAUCUGACUCAGCUUCCUGGCAGCUUCCUGUGUCCCCAAGAGCAGCUCGUGCUUCUGAUUCAGCUCUGUUGAGCCAAAUACAAGCAUUUUUCAGAGUAAAAUGGGGGCACAUCCAAAACAUCCUUUUGCAGCCACUCAAAAAUCCUGGGGAAUGUGGUAGGAACCGUGGCCUUCAGUCACUUAGAGGCUGCAAGAAUAAUUUUUAAAAAGCAAGCUUUCACUUUAGCCUUGCAAAGCAGCCUACAGAAGUUACUAUCGCUCAAAUUGAGUAUUGGGUAUUGUCCGAUCUGGUGUUGAUGGAAAGGAGAUCAAGCACUAUGUGUGCCUAAAUCUGCUUGGUGUAAGGGAUUCCCUGCAGUCCUGUUGCCUCUCAUGUGUGCAUUGGCUUAGAUAUGCUCUCUGCAUGCAGAUUACUCCGUGGUGUAUUGAGGCCAAAAUCUCUAUUUCAGGAAAAUUAAUUGGAUUGAGAUUUAUUUAUUUGAGGUUUAAUAUUUGUUCCCCAGAGAUGGAAUGAAAGUGUUGCCGUCUGCAGUGUACUCAGCUAAUCCUAGCCUUUCCUGAAUGUUAAGCUUUCUUUAUGGCGUCAGUGCUGUUGCCAUACAGAAUCAUAGAACUGUAAAGUUGGAAAGGACUCUGGGGAUCUUCUGGUCCAACCCCUGCAAUACAGGAAUCUCAGCUAAAGCAUCCAUGGCAGGUUUGGUUUUCAGACCCUUGAUCAUCUUGGUCGCCUUCCUCUGCAUACGUUCAGCUUGUCAAUACCCUUCUUAAAUAGUGGCACCCAGAACUGGACACAGUACUUCAGGUGUGGUCUGACCAAGACACAAUAGCGGGUGACUAUUACUUCCCUUGAUCUGGACACUAUACUUCUGUUGGUGCAGCCUAGAGAAGCAUUAGCUUUUUUUUUUGCAACUGCAUCACACUUUUGACUCAAGUUAAGCUUGUUGUCUGCUAAGACCCUUAGAUCCUUUUCACAUUUACUAUGUUUUUUAUGUGUUGGAAGCCGCCCAGAGUGGCUGGGGCAGCCCAGCCAGAUGGGCAGGGUAUAAAUAAAGUAAUUACUACUACUACUACUACUACUACUACUACUACUACUGGCAAGCCAAGUGUCUUCCAUGUUACAUUUGUGCAGCUGGUUUUUCUUUCCUAAGUGUAGAACCUUACAUUUGUCCCUGCUGAAAUUCAUUUUGUUAGUUUGGACCCAGUUCUCCAAUCUGUUAAGGUCAUAUUGAAUCCUGGUAUUGUUUUCUGUGGCAUUCGCUACCCCUUGUGGUUUGGCAUUACAGUGGUACCUUGGGUUACAUACGCUUCAGGUUACAUACGCUUCAGGUUACAGACUUUGCUAACCCAGAAAUAUUACCUCAGGUUAAGAAUUUUGCUUCAGGGUGAGAACAGAAAUCGUGCUCCGGAGGCGCAGCAGCAGCGGGAGGCCCCAUUAGCUAAAGUGGUACUUCAGGUUAAGAACAGUUUCAGGUUAAGAACAGACCUCCGGAACAAAUUAAGUACUUAAUCCGAGGUACCUGCAUCUGCAAAUUUGGUGUCAUCUGCAUCACCCGAAUUCCUUCAUCCAAGUUAUUUAUAAAGACAUUGAACAGCAACAGGGCCCAGGACAGAACCCUGAAGCACCCCACUUGUCACUUUUUCCCAAUAUGAUGAUGAGCCACAUCAUUUGCAUAUAAUGCUACUCCUCCCCCCUUGUGUUUGUUUGUUUAUGACUCCCUAAUUUAAUCUUUCCUGUUCUUUCUUUCUUUCUUUCUUUCUUUCUUUCUUUCUUUCAGCAAUUCAUGAAUUUCCUGAUGAUCUAUUCACAAAUAAGGAAAGGCAGAAAGGAGCAGUAUUGCUACAUAUUCUUGGUGUAAGUAUACCUAACUUUUCUCAUAUAUGUUGCUGUUAUUGUGCAGAUGGUUAGCUUAAGCGUGACACUGAUUUAUUUAUUAACUUGGGGUGCAGAUGUUGUUGGACUAUGACCCCAAUGAUCCCUAACCAUUGUGCUAGCUGGGGCUGGUGGAAGUUGGAGUCCAAAAACAUCGUGGGGGGAGGGGACACACUGAUUCCCACCUAUGCCCUUAAUUUAUAUAUGCUUUCCAUUUAUAGCCCACUUCAUCCUGAAGGGUUGGAGAGAGUAAGUUCUUUAAUGGAGCUCUGCUUUCAGUUGACAGACUUCCUGGAGACUAUGAAAAGCCACACAGCCAGUCAAAACAGAAAAUACUUGCUUAGAUGGACAAACCGUCUGACCUGAUACGAUGCAGUAGGAGUGUCCACAGAGCCUCAGCUCCUAAAAAAGCUCAGGGCAGAAUCUCACAUGACACUUAAUAUGGGCUAGUAGUUGACAGAAAUGCUGUAGGAUAUCUCUUCACCCUGUAUCAUCGGCUUCUGCUGGUAAGGGCAGGGAAAUUCAGUGCGAUGAUGCCAGGACUCUCGCAAGUUUUGCUGCGUGUUAGGAAAGCUGAAGGGAAUAACUUAAGACUUGCCUGCUAUUUCUAAGCAGCCUCAUAAUGCACAGUUCUAUCCUGUUUUAUUUGCCUUUUAACUUUGGUUAUCCUGAUGCAAAACAUGGAGAGUUCUCCUUUACAUCCUCCUUGUGCUUCAGGACCAAAUUACAUGUUGCGUGCGAAUGCAUGUCACAGAAGUCUGAUGGAGAUUAUUAUUAUUGUAAAAGCUGAUUGGGAGCAAAGAUGCAGGGCUGAGCACAUAACCUUCACUUCUCCUCAUGUAGUUUUAAAUGUAUUUUGCAAGCAUUCAUAGAAUCAUAGAAUUGCAGAGUUGGAAAUGAACCCCCCCCCCCGGGUCAUCUGGUCCCUGCAAUGCUGUCCCUGGGUGGGCUUGAACCACCAACCUUCUGAUUAACAGCCAUGUGCACUGACCCCCAAUUCAUAACAUUCAUUGUAGUUUAGCCCUCAGAAAAAAGAAUAACAGUAUAUUUCCAGGAAAACCUGUUACAAUUGUGGUUCAACAUUUUCCUAGUUUUUAAAAGAAAACCUGCAAUGUGCCCUGCAGCUGUUGAUUAUUGUGAAAUAUAGAUCCUAUAUUGUUAUAUAUUGAUUUCAUUGAGGUGGACUACAAAAUAUCCCAUACAGGGAGCAGCAAGACAAAAUAAACAAAUCACCAAGUGGCAGCUUUAGGGAGAUGUGACUGUUUCUUUAUGGUGCAUUGCAAACUUUCUAGAAAGAAGACCAUUGGGCAUAACCCAGUUUUCUUCAUCUAGGAUUGGUAAAUGGAUCCCUCCAAGCAACCAAGUACACAUGCAGCCUGAUCAUAUGCACAUUGGUCAGAAAUAAGCCAAAUUUUUGUCCAGUGAGACUUUCUCCUAGAUCAGCCUGCGCAGAAUUUGCAACUUUAAGGUGGUUUGUAUGCAGCAAGGCAACACAGAGCUCUUGAACAUACAGGCCUGCUCACAGACUUCACAGGAAGAUGCAGGCCCAUAUAAAUGAAUGGUAGGAGAACUCUUGCAGGUGCAUUUUCCAGGCUGUGGGAUGGGUUGCACUAAGAAGGGGGAAGAGACCUAUGGUGCUUCUUAAAACAAGAUGACCAGCCCCAGGCCUUGUGUGUAUACUGACACACACAGCACCGUGGCUCCCCAUUCUGGAUCCCCAUUCCUGUCAAUGGAAGAGACAGUAAUGAGCAAGUGGAACCUUCUCUCUGUAGGACUAAAUAAUGAAGAUGUUGCUUUGGAAUCUCAAUACCUGCAAAACACCCAUGUAUUCAAUUGACUGUGUGUAGUUCAGGGAAGGGACUUACCUAUUUUAUUUAUUGUUUAGCAUCUAACAUACAUUUCAGGUGCAAUUUCUGCUCAUUGGACACACCUUCUGUCAGAAGGGGGCAAUUUUUGUUGAUUCUCCUCCCCUCUGCAGCUUCUUGUGGCCCCCCAAAAUCUAAUUUUAGAAGACCUUCUAAAACAGUUUGCUGGGAGGGGGUGGAUUCUGCGGGGGGUGGGGGUGGAGCAGAAUGAGCAGAAAUCACCUUCCUGCUCCCUUCCACCAGCCUCUAAUGGAUUGAAGGUCCUUUUGAAAAAGGAAGGACUCCUUCUUUUCACAGAAAGCACGCUUAGAGUCCAGGUCUAUAAGAUGGCAGCAAGUUACAAACCCAUUUCUGUUUUGGGUUUCAGGAAGUAGUAAUGGCUUGCCUAUGAUAAAGCCUCCUCUUUUCUCUUCAGCAGUUCUACAAAUUUCUGAACUAAUUCAAUUCAGUAUCCAUAAUCAGGCUCAGUUAUAUUUACAUUUCUGCUUUAAAGUCACCUCUUCAGUGGUUUCACAUUUUAAAUGCAAAUUGUUCUUUUCAAUUGUACUGUUUUAAAGAAUAAAUCUGAAUUUCAUGUUUGUAUUUUGAGAAAUCGGGUGAUUCAAAUGGCCUCUGGCUAAAUUGCUAUUUUAAUAAUAAAGGAGAUUAGAGGUCUGUCUUGGUGAGGAGAACUGGGAGAGUGUUUUGGCACCUGCUGCUGUGACUAGCAGAGGGAGGUAUAGGGCCCGGGGUUGAUCAGACCAGGUAAGAAGAAGGGGCAUAAGAAAGUUGAAGGUCAUUUUUCCUUCUGGGCCAUCUUCCACACAAAAGGCUUUGGGUUGCCAUAACCAAAAGUCCCUGGUCCUGUUGCUGCUAAGUGCCAAAUCAGCCCAUAACAAGAGAUCCCUGACCUACCAUUUGAUAGUUGAUGAAUCUGGCAUGUAUUACUAAGACCUGGAGAGGUGUCCUCAGAGGCUUUGCCCUUCUGGUUACUUGGUGCAGCAGCCACACAAGUUGGAGGGCCUAGGGUAGGGUCACUGUUGUUCAUAGGAUUGUAAUCUUCUUGACCAGGAAACCCAUCCAUUUCAGAUCCAGUUUCAAUGGUUUGUUCUCAGCAUUCGAAACUCCAUUAGUCCUAGGCAUUUUUUGCUACAAGGGAUUUCAUUAGCGCGAGCAGUUUCUGAGCUCUGGGUGCAGUACCGUGCCUAAGAUUUCAGAUUAAAACUGCAGAGUGGAAGGAAAGGAGGACCUUUUUCUGCCUCCCCACUUCCAGCUACUCUCUGAAGACUGGAGAAGAGACCCUCUUAAGAAUAUUAGGGGGGCAGGCAGGGGAAGUAUGGCUUUAUAUUUUGCAGUCUUCACAUGAGAACUAGACCAUGUGAAAAAUGAAUAUAAUAUUUUAGCUGCAGUUCAUUCAUUUUCAGCUUUGUAUUCUUUCUAUAAAAAGUGUGCCUAGACAUUCCAUUGUUGUACCCAUAACCUAGGUUUAAGGUGCCAUUUAGCUCCUAGCUUUCGUAUCUCAGUUUCUAACACUAUUUGUUCAUAGUGUUGGGGCCAUCAGGAGCUCCCUAGUGCAGCUGAUGGGUUCACUGCCAGUGCCGGUCAAGAAGCCUCACUUUGUUCAUUUGCAGGUAUGGUUUGAAUCCAAACUGUUCUUGCAAACAGACUUCAAAGCAGCUCACUGUAACCACCAAUCAGCAGUUAUUGAAAGCCCUUUUGAAUUUUGACCACUCUACUGACCUGUCAGUGUUGACCCAUGGGGGUGGGAAUUAAGAAUCUAGCCUGCUAGCCAAAUCCAGCGCUCCACCCCUGAAACAAGGAGAUGGAGGACUCAGUAGAUGGAGGUCAUUGGAGGCAGGAAAGCUAAAGGUAGGGGACCUAGGUGAAAAGUAGCUGAAGGAACAGGAAUAGGGAACAAAUGUUUAUUAGACACCAGCUCCUACCAUCACCACUGCUGCCAUGAAGACUUGGUACUUGUAAUGGGCAUUCUUUCUAAGUGAAUCAGUUGUCAGUUGAGUUUGGGGUUCAUUUGUUUAAUUAGGAUCAGUACUCAGUACUAAGCGAGUUUCACUUGUGACCAAGUUUUGUAAUAUAUUCUUGUUUUUUUCUCCACCCCACAGGCUCUGUAUAUGUUCUAUGCCUUGGCUAUUGUGUGUGAUGAUUUCUUUGUUCCAUCUUUAGAAAAAAUAUGUGAGGUACGUGAAAGAGUAUUUUUGCUCUUUAAAACUUAUGCAUUCACAGUUGGUAGACUUAAGGGGGAGAAGCUGCAUCCCUGCCUGACAAAAUGGAACCUACCAUAUAUUAUUUCAUCCUUCACAUCAAACAUGGGACUGUUUGUUCUAACCAGGAAUUGGGGUGUGUGUGUGUGAUUCAGGUCUCAUUUGAAGCUGAAUCUACCAAGGUCACACUACCUGAAACAAUAUGUGAAGCAAAACAUUAAUCAAAACUGCAUAUCAUAAAAAAUGUGUUUAUUAUUGGAAAAAUGUGAAACUGAGAGAACCAAAAUGGACAGAUCCUUCCAUUCUUAGUUCUAAUUGUUUGUGGUCUGCUUCACCCCAGCAUCUGAAGGCCAUAUCAGCCAAGGAUGGCAUUUUAAGAUUUAGCAUUUCUGCCAAUCACAUACUGGAAUAAUGGGUCCCAAAUGUUUCUUUCAGAAACUACAUCUGAGCGAAGAUGUUGCAGGAGCCACAUUUAUGGCUGCAGGAAGCUCAACCCCAGAGUUAUUUGCAUCUGUCAUAGGUAAGGAAUCUCCUUUGUAGUGUUCAUAUGCACCAGUUUUCCAAAGGAAAACUAAGGUGGUUACUACACAGAUGUGUGCAUGGACCACUGGUAUUCAAAAUAACUAUCCUAAUGACGUUCAAGUGGGAGCCUACUUCACACAGUAAUCAUACACUGUGUCAGGGGUGGGGAACUGGUGAGGGUAGAUCCAGAGGCAAAUGUGGGUGGAACGAUGGGUGUAAUUUAUGUUUGUACAGUCAGCAUGUUUGUACAGACUGGCAGAGGUUCUCCAGGGGUUCAGGCACAAAUCUCUCCCAGCCCUACCUGGAGAUGGUGGGUAUUGAGCCUGGGACCUUCUGCAUGCAUAGCAGAUGCUCUGCCACUAAACUAUGGCCCUUCCCAAGGAUCAUGUCAUUUAGUUGUUAUUUUUAGCAUAUCUAUUACUAACCCCCUCCUUCAUUUCUCUCUUUCUCUCUGUCUAGGUGUGUUUAUCACUCAUGGUGAUGUAGGAGUUGGAACCAUUGUUGGUUCAGCCGUUUUCAAUAUUCUUUGCAUUAUUGGGGUCUGUGGACUUUUUGCUGGACAGGUUAGUAGGUUUCUUUCAUUUUCUUUACCAUUACUUCUGCGUAGGAGGGUAAAUCAGAUAAUAUAAUAUGGAGUAAAUCUUAUUUAAAAAUCAAAGGAAUUGUGUGAUUGUGAACAUAAUAAGCUCUGUUCAUUUGCUGAUGAUACCUAAAUGAAUAAACCUGAAGUAGCUUCACAGUGUCCUGGCUUGUUUAGCCAAAGUGCGGUUUGUUUGUUCAUCUGAACCCAGCCCAGCAGGCUAACCAUGGUUUGUUUUCUAGUAAUAACCCAUGUUGUGAAGCCGUGGUUUGUUGUUGGUUUAUGAACCAUAGCUUAUUUAACUAUGGUUGGGUGGUAUAUCCAACCCCAGCAGUCUUGCUUUGGCAUGGUUUACAUGGACACCUCUGCUCAGGUGUUCACCAAGCUAUAAAGCAACAGCACCUGGAAAACAACACAAACUUUGGAGGAACAAGCCAUGACUUGUUUGUUCCACUGUAAGAUUUAUUGUGGUUCGUUGAACAAACUAUGGUUAAAAUAAACCAUGACUUAGUGUUAUGUCCAAACCCAGCUGGUGUGUGUGCAAAUAUAAAGAUACUUGUUUAUAAAAAAAAAUAAAUAUUGGCUUGAGGGAGACAUAUCCUCAGUUCUUGUGAUGUAGCGCCAUAUCUAAUGGUUGGAUUCAUGUCCUGCCUCUUAAGGGAAGCAUUUCUUUUGGCCUUAAUCACAGAAACAAGACUUAACAAAUGUGCUGUAAGUUUUGGGCUUGCUUUAGUUUCUGUUGACCAAAGUGGAUCUGAUGCUAAACUCAGCACUUGUAUUUGUGCAAAUCUUUUAAAAACAUGAAAUAAGGGUUGGAGGGGAGCAGCAGGUUUUGGACUAUGGCAUAUACAUUUUUUUAACUUUUCCCUCCCACAUCACAAUCCCAAUGAAAAUCCCCUCUCUUCAGAGGUGCUUUUCGGCUCUGGAGGGGAAUCGGCUCUUCCUCUUUCCAGAGUGCCUCCAACACAGCAGGCUGAGUCACAAAGAACUGUAGAAUAUUCCCCUGUAGCUUUGUUGACACUGACCUUCCUUGGGAACGUGUGUGUGUGUUGCACCUAUUCUUAAAAUAUUAAUGGACAUUCAUUAAAGUUUACCAAACAAGUAGAAAUAUUCAACUUUGACUUGGAGAAAAAGCACUGUGUGCUCAUUCGAAUAUAAGGAGAACAUUAGGUACUUCUGCUAUUCAGAUGAAUGUUCUUUAGAAUACUUCGUAAUUACUAAAGAAUUACUUCUUUGGAAUACUCAUCUGAAUAGCAGAAGUACCUAAUGUUUCUCCUUAUAUUCAGCUGAGCACACAGCCCUUUCUCUACUUUGCAAACCUGAAUAUUUCUACUUUCAUGGUAAAUUGUAAUGAACAAGAGGUGCAGUCCAGCCGAAAUGAAGCACUUCAAAGUCCAUUGCUUUCGCUGGAAAAGACUUGUGCAUAUGCUCAAUAUCCCAUGGUUGUCGGUGGGAUUUAAAAGUGUGCUUAACUUUGAAUUAUGCCCACAAAGCAUCACACUGCACAACUGUUUUCCCUGUGGGUGUUUAAUCAGACAGAAUUAAGACCAUGUUCAGAAUUUUUCUUACGUCAGAGUGAAGCAGUUCUUCCGUAAUAGCCCUGAAUUUCCCACAGCAGCUGUGGGGGACCCUUUGGUCCUCCAGAAGUUGCUGAACUACAACUCCCAUCAUCCCUGGCCCCUGGCCAUGCUUGCUGGGCAUUGUAGUUCAGCAACAUCUGGAAGGCCAACAGUUUCCCCGUCCUAUGGUAUGAGGGGUUUCAUUCAAUGUGGUAGGGUACCCUGGAUGAAUACCCAUGUGGCUACUGUUUUCUGAUGUCUCCCGUGUGGUUCUUAAAACAUAAGAACAUAGGACCAUAGGAAGCUGCCUAAUACUGAGUCAGACCAUCAGUCCAUGUAACUCCCUGUUGCUUACCCCAUCUGGUAGUGGCUCCGCAUGGUCUACCUACUACUGAAUUUUGGCAAUUUUGGCCCUUUCCCUUGAGAUCCAGAACUCCCCUUCUUUGAUAGCAAAAGAAGGUAAGAGACCAUGCAUGUUGUGUUGGGUGGGCAGGAUUGCAUUGAAAUAACCCAUAGACCAUAUUAGCACAGUUCUUACUACAUUAACAUGGUGCCCUCCAGAUGUUGUAUGACUACAGUUUCCAUCCUCCACAGCCAUUAUGGCCAAUGGUCAAAAAUGAUGGGAGUUGGCAUCAAACAGCAUUUGGAGAGGACCAGGUUGGCUAUCUUGUCCUAAGUCAUAUGUGAUGAGCAAACAGAGAAAUGUGCUUGCAUAUGUGAACCGGCGCUUUGUUCAUUAGAAUUGCUCAUGUAUAGUAAAGCUACUAUACAACCAGGUAUUUUCAGAAUCAGUCCUUUAAAACCCUAAGAUGAAAGUAUGGCUAAGGAGUAAUUCUGGAGUAACUCUGUCCUCUUUCCAGGUGGUCCGUCUCACCUGGUGGUCUGUGUUCAGGGACUCUGUCUACUAUACCAUUUCUGUGAUCGUGCUUAUUGCGGUAAGUUUCCAUUUUUGACCUGCUCCUCCAUGGAGUUGUGAAGGGCCUGAAUUUGAGACGUGCUGUUGCCACCAGAAAGUUCUUGUUUGUUUUAGGAUUUCUUAUGAAAAAUCAGUAGAUGAGGUCACUUAUGAUGCUUAAAACUAAAUUUAAAACUAAAUUUAAAAGCUCAAAAAACUACUGAGCUGUAAAUCUAGCUGCCGUUCCCAUCCUCAACUGGAACUGGAAGUCCUCCCACUUACGAUGUUACCUAGGGGAGUGCACUGUUCAAGCCCCAUGCAAUCCAUCAGAGCUGGCUCCAUGUUUGAGAGGGCCCUGGGCAAGAUGGUCUCUGGUGGCACUUUGAUUAACCCAGCUGAGCUUACAGUACCUGGCAGUGGUAGAGAGAACAACGAUGCUUCAAGCAGCUCUGGCUGGCUGGGUCUAACUGCCAUUCUCACAAUGUUCCCAGAGCAGGGAACUGCAUUCUGUUGUAGGGGAGAACUGCAUGAAAAUGCAAAUGCAAAUGCAAAUGCAUGAACAAAGUCUUAACUUUUUUUUCCAAGGUGAAAAACCAAUAUUAAAAACAUAUCUCUGGAUUCUAACAGGAGUGGGGAAGAAGUUGGGAGGCCAGUUUAGAAAUGGUUGAGUAAAGCAACCUGCAGUGUUGCUACUCAAAACUACAGCCUUCCCAGGGCCGCUUUUCAUUUUAAAAAUAAUACAUACGUCAAGUAGAAUAGAAACAUUGGCACCCGACCCCACCCCCACUCACCAUGCCCCCCCUCCACCUCUUUCCCCCUUUUCUUCCUAAUGUAACACUAAAUGUCUCAACAAGUGAAACUGAUCUGUAGAAAAUGUAACAACAAGAACAACAACAACUUAUUACUUAUACCCCGACCAUCUGGCAGGGUCCCCCCAGCCACUCUGGGCGGCCUCCAACAGGAGAUUACAAAUACAUUAAAAGAUCAGGCCUCGGUCCAGUAUACCUGAAGGAGUGUCUUCACCCCCAUCGUUCUGCCUGGACACUGAGGUCCAGUGCCGAGGGCCUGAUGGUUCCCUCGCUGCGAGAAGCCAAGUUACAGGGAACCAGGUAGAGGGCCUUCUCGGUAGUGGCACCUGCCCUGUGGAAUGCCCUCCCACCAGAUGUCAAAGAGAAAAACAACUACCAGACUUUUAGAAGACAUCUGAAGGCAGCCCUGUUUAGGGAAGCUUUUAAUGUUUAUGUCGGAGCCAGCCGUACAAAUGGCGAAGUUUAGCAUAAAAUUAUGACACAGAGAGCCAGCAAUAUUUUCAUGAUGGUAGGAGCAGCUCCCUUUUCCUCCCUCUCCUCCUGCAGUUCUUUAUUCCUUUGUCCUCUCUCCAGCCGCAUGGCUGUUUGCCAGUGUCUCACGUUACCUCAUCCGGUCAAGGCUUUUAUUGCCCCCUUCACCAUAUAAGGUUAAUCACUGCCCAGAGGAAACACAGCUCCAAUACAUUCCAAUACAUUGUAAAGCUCAGAGUGCUGGUCAGCCAAGGUCAGGGGGCACCCUGCAAUAUUACAAGCCUUUACCGUGGCUUUAUGACUCCCACAUGCCCUCUUUCUUUACUUUAUAUCAGAGUCAAUACGGUUAUCGAGCGCGAUAAGCGACUCUUGUGACACCGGAAGCGGGCUGCGGACUGGAGAACCAUGCAGUACAUAUAGAGAUUAUAGAAAGAAUACAUUGGAUACAGCAACACAAAAUAAUGCAAAUAACUACUAUAAUGAUCACUAAAAUCAAUAACUACUAUAAUAAUCACUAAAAUCCGGAAGCCAAGAAUAUAAGAAUUCUGAUUCCAAGCUGCAUGGUAGGCUUCCUUUUAGUUUAUUAGCCAUGCACUGGUGUCACUCCUAUAGCACUGAGAUUGGUUCCUGUAAGAGAACAAGAGCUAUUAAAAGUGAAAUUCAAUGUAUAUUGACAGUUUGGAUAUAUGCCCCAUGAUUCUUUCCCCUCCUUAAUUUGAAAAUAAAUGGGGGGGAGGCUCAUGGAGGGUCAAUUGUACUGGAGGCUUAGGGGAUAUAAUAUUAGUAAAUUGAAAAGAUCCAUUGACAGGCACACCAUGAAGCAUUAUGCCGGAAUGACUGGCAUACACACCCAACAUUUAGAAGCAUGCAAUAAACUGGCAAACAUAAUCAUAUAUUGUACAAAAAUAUUAUCCCUCCAUAUCUUAUGAUAAUUUUCUCCCCUAAAAGUCUUAUUCAACAACGCUGUUCUUCUAGUUCAAAAGUGGCUGAGCCGUGGAUACUGCCAGCCAGAGUAGGAUUCAGGUGACAGCUGCUUGCCAGCCGAUGAGGUGAAAUAUGGUGGUUUCAACUGGACUGGUCAUCUGCUUCUCUUCCUUGUAUAACGGUGCAGCAAAGGAUGGCAAGGCAAAUGGUUAGGAAGGCAAACACUGCCAGAUGCAGUUCGUGUGCAGCACCUCUAGGUGGCGCAUGCGGAAAGGUUUCAAUGCUUCACCCACAAAUGUUGACAAAGUGUAGGGGAGUUCCGCAUGCCUUGAGGCAGGACAACCCACUGAUAUCGCUGGGUGGGCUGCGAAUUGUAAUAUGCUGACAAUGUAAAAGCAAACCGUUCCCUGUCUGCUGGAGCCAGUGGGAUGAAGAUGGUUCAAUGUGGCCAAAAGUCAAUUGUUCAGAAAUAAGCUGUUCAGAGAUAGCUGGUGCCGCUGCUGCGGAUUUUUCUUUUGGUAGAGGCCACUGUUCUACCCCCACUGGGGUAUCGGUGAUCCUGGUUUGCCACCCUGGAAAUAAGUUGUAUCGGUGGCUACAGGCUGGUUUUCAUUUAGCACUGUUGCCAGCAGAUAAGCCUUGUGGCUGGCUGUAACUACAGACUGACAAAUGCGAAGCAUGGCUGCUGUGUCUGUGGCAGGAUUGUGUAUUAUCGGUCGCAAUGCAAGUUUACAAUCCUCAUUGGCAUUUUCAAAGGCCAAUUGUUUGAUAAUUAUUUGUUUGGCUUCAGGAUUUUCAAUUUGGCGACUCACUGCUGUAAGCAGCCUGUCCAUAAAGGAAGAAUAUGAUUCUCUUGCCUCUUGCCUGAUUGAACCCCACCUUGAUUGAAUACUGGUGGGUUCUGGGAUUUUUCUCAUUGCUUGUUUAGCAGCAAGAGCAGUGUCCCUCAAUAAGAUUUGCAGCAGUGUGGCUUGCACUGAAGCUUGAGCGAAGGGACCACGCCCCAACAUGGCAUCUAAGACGUCUGCGAGGGUAACAUUUGGAUUAUUUCCUCUGACUUGUUGUAACAAGGCUGGAGCAUAUGCACGGCAGGCAGUUUCCCAUUCGUGGGCAAACAAAACACCAGCUGAUGGGGGCAACACUGUAUGGGCCAAAAGCUUUAUGUCCUCUGGAACCAAGAGCUGGGCUAAUGUGGCUUCUAAAAGCGCCUGCGUAUAUGGGGCUUGGAGUCCAUUGGCCUUUACUGACUGUUGCAGCUCUUUCAAGAUCUUAAAGUCAAAAGGUUGGUGUUGGGCUUGGGUGCCUGCCGGGGCACCAGCAGGGGGCACAAUAACAGGGAAUGCCAUAGUAUCCUGAAUUAAGGAAGAGGCAAGGACUGCACGUUGAAAAGGAGUAGCUGGUUCUGCCACUGAAAGAGCAGGAUCAUUGCCAGCCAGACCACGGUAUUUUUGCAGGAUUAGGUCCUCUGGUGAGGAACUGUAGUCCGGAGGUUUGGGGUCUGGAGGUUUGGGGUCUGGCAAAGCAAGUAUUGGAACAGUCUCUAACACAGCAGGCUGAAUUAAAGAAGCUGAAGGUUGUGUGGGCAAUGCAGCCAUAGAGAUAUUUUUGGUGAUAAAGAGCCCAUGGCGUAACGAACCUUGCACCAUGCAUUUAAAAUCCGAACACCUAUGCUGGGGUGCCCAUGAAAAUGUGCCCCAAUCUUGUCCCAAAGUUUUAAUUCCCAAGUCCCAUCUGCAGGAAACCAGGGGAAUGCUCUUCAAUAGCCAGAAUGAGCUGGAUUAAAUCACCAUCCGGAACUUCCAAUUUGUUGGAGGAGAGGAGAAAUUUUAAGUCUUUUAAAAAUUUCUGUUGGGGAGCAGACAAAGAGCUGCCCAUUUUUCUAAAAUCAAUAUAUAAAAUAAGGGAUUGGAACUCACCGGGAUCUUUUUAAGAUGAAUAGCGCUUGAAACCCUGGCCGGGCGUAGUGAGCCGAUGAUAUCCUUUGCUAGGAUCGAUAAACCUCACACGGUUUCCUUUUAAAAUCCUCAGUCUGCCUCAGACUGUUUUCUUUAAGUUGCCUCUUCUUAGUCCUCAGACGUAUUCUUUUAUUCAGCCUCACACGGGGCACCACUUGUCGGAGCCAGCCGUACAAAUGGCGAAGUUUAGCAUAAAAUUAUGACACAGAGAGCCAGCAAUAUUUUCAUGAUGGUAGGAGCAGCUCCCUUUUCCUCCCUCUCCUCCUGCAGUUCUUUAUUCCUUUGUCCUCUCUCCAGCCGCAUGGCUGUUUGCCAGUGUCUCACGUUACCUCAUCCGGUCAAGGCUUUUAUUGCCCCCUUCACCAUAUAAGGUUAAUCACUGCCCAGAGGAAACACAGCUCCAAUACAUUCCAAUACAUUGUAAAGCUCAGAGUGCUGGUCAGCCAAGGUCAGGGGGCACCCUGCAAUAUUACAAGCCUUUACCGUGGCUUUAUGACUCCCACAUGUUUAAUAGGUUAUUGUAUUUUAAUAUUCUGUUGGAAGCCGCCCAGAGUGGCUGGGGAAACCCAGCCAGAUGGGCGGGGUAUAAAUAAAUUAUUAUUAUUAUUAUUAUUAGUCAUUAAAAAACUUCCCUAAACAGGGAAACAAUAAAGAGACAUUGCACAUACUUUUGUAAACCAAGAAAUCUUUAAUAAAAAAGAUGUUUUAAAAAAUGGGGGGGUGGGAAUGCCAGGGCUUCAUGAUACACCUGUGUGUAAUAUUUCAUAUACCCCAGUGCUGUUAAACCUAAGGCACCAUCUGUGAGUCUGGAUCUGCAUCCGCACAAUAUAAUUGCCACCUUAUUUUGCCACAAACACCCAGUAUAGAUGUGGUGUUGAAUUUGGCCUUGACUGCCACAACGGUUAUACAGUAUCAAACAUUUGUAUUGGUUGAAAGUCCUUUUCUGCCCAGAAACCAUUCUAUGCUAGACAUUAAUAUCUGCCUCUGUUAAGCCUUUUCAUGUGCUGUGUAAUGUACUGGAAUUUCUUCAGAUUGCCCUAGAGAAAUAUAAUUCUUCUUUUCUCUCUCUCUCCUUUCUCCUCCCUUUUAGUUUAUCUAUGAUGAGAAAAUUGUAUGGUAAGCUGUGGUUCUUAUUUCUUGCACAUGGAUUGAAGAUUAGAAUGUAACCUUGUCUUAAGUAUUUUAGGCCAUAUGACAAGAGAGAGACCCCUGGCUUGAGCCCAUUCUGUCACUGCAAUGCCGAUGAUUGAAAUAAGUGAAUGGUUAGUCAGGGUGAAGGGGCAGGUGAAGGUCACGUAGCAUUAGAUAAAUGAAUAAAGUGAUGCUACAGUGUUUCAGGGAAGUCUUUGCUGAAGAAAGGUGUCUCAAGAGAGGGAAAUGGUUUGGCAAGCAGAGUGGCAGAGGCUGUUAGACCUAGAGAACGCCAGUUCAGAAGGUAACAACAGAGAAAAUGGAGCUGAAAGCAGAAAGGAUGGCAUGAGAAGAGGCUAAAGAGAUGAAAGUCCCAACAAGCCAAAAAAAGUAAUUAUGAACAAAUUGGGAUCCGAACUUCCAAAUAAUGCAGAUAAUGAGACGAGGUGCAAAGGGAAAGGGGGAGCAAAGAGCUUUUGCCCAUGACAAUAGUUAGUUUAGUUAGCUUAUUAAAUUUAUGAAUUGCUUCCCGUAACAAAAAGCCCCGAAGAGGCAAAUCUGUUUUCAUGAACGAUGGGAGCCCUGCAUGCACAAAAGGCAGAAAAUAAUUGCUCACAGUGGUAUCAGUGGUGCUUUCCCAAGAAAAGUAUGCUUUGUGGCCUAGUGACAGCACUGCUAAUUGCACUUAGUACUUUACUAAUUUCCUUCUUUUUAUUUCUUUGAGGUGGGAAAGUCUUGUGCUCAUCAUUAUGUAUUCGUUCUAUAUACUUAUCAUGAAGUAAGUACUUUUCUUUUCUCCCACUGAUCUUUAAUUGUGUUUGGCUAUUGUUAAUCUGGGGAUGCAUUGUGAUUUAAUGCAUGCCUAAUGAUUACUCAGAUAAGAUCACCUUUUCCUUUUAUUGCUGUAACAUUCCCCAGGUUGGAUAGAUUUUUGUCUGGAUAUAUAUUGUGUGCAAAAAAGCACAGAGAGUUAGUAGUUUGGCCCUGUGGAGGCUGCCGUGGUAUUGAAGGGAGUUGCAACUAAGAAGAAAUACUGCUGUGGAAAGUGGGUUUCUUGUUGUCUCCUUAAGCUAACCAAACCCUCCCCUCCAAAUCUACUCCAAAUGAUUGCUGGUAGGGGUGGGGAAGAAAUUUGAUUCAGUUUGCAGUUGAAGGCAAAUCUAUCCAAUUCUGAAACAAAUGGAAACUUAAAAACAGCCAUCCUUUGACAUUUACACUUCUCUGAAAUAUGCAAUGCAGUUUUCCAGCCAUCCACUCUGUACAAAUAUGCACAACAAGCUGCUAUGGAAAUAUGGAAAACUGAACCUAAGACUGGAAAAAUGAGAAGCUGAGAGGAACCAGAACUGAUGGAUUCACCCAUUCUAAGUUAGGGGACCCUCUAGGACAGCAUGGGAGGUGGUUUGGUGUGGAGUGUGGACUGCAAGGGGGAAGGGGAUUUGGUAAAAAUGGCCUCCUGGGCUGUUCCAUUGAUGAAAGGCAUCCUCUAGAUCAAAGAACCUUUCAUCAGUGGAAGGAGUGGAUGGCGCUGUGGUCUAAACCACUGAGCCUCUUGGGAUUUCUGAUUGGUCCCAUUGCUCAGUCCCAGUUCCUGCCAACCUAGGAGUUCGAAAGCAUGGCAAUGCAAGUAGAUAAAUAGGUACCGCUGUGGUGGGAAGCUAAACAGCGUUUCCAUGCACUCUGGCACUCAUCAAGGUGUCCUGUUGCACCAGAAGCAGUUUAGUCCUGCUGGCCACAUGACCUGGAAAGUUGUCUGUGGACAAAUGCUGGCUCCCUUGGCCUGAAGCGAGAUGAGUGCCACACCCCGUAGUUGCCUUUGACUGGACUUAGCCAUCCAGGGGUCCUUUCCCUUUUACUUAUUUUUACUAUUAGAUAUAACCCAGUAUAAGUAAAUACAUGACUUGCAGUAGGAGAAAGGUUUGAUCUUGAGAAAGAUCAAAAGUGUGAUGUGUAUGGGAGAUGUUCUCUCUCUUUCUUUUGUUGCUGUUCAUCUUUUUCAUUUCAUAGAGCAGAAGUAGACAAUGGUCAUGUUUGCUUGCCAUGUUGAACAAUAGUUAAUGGUUUGCCAUGAUCACACAUAAAAGGGCUCUGUGCUACCCACUCGCAUGCAGAGAAAGCAAACCGUUAUUCUUGGCUUCACAUUACAUCUGAACCAGGGAUUGUGCCUUGUUUGAGGGAAGGCUCUUAGCCCAGUAGUAGAGUAGCUGCUUUGGAUGCAGAAGGUCCCAGGUUCAAUUCUGCUGCACCUCCAGUUAGGACUGGAACUGGGAGAGAACCUUGUCUGAAAUGUGAGGAGCUGCUAUAGGAAGUUAGUAAUAGUGGUGUUCAUGUAGCAAUGCACCAUGUAUAUUACAUAGCUUUUAUACCUGUGUAAUAUACACAGUUGUUGCAUGCAUACCUUUUGUUUGUAUGUGUACCCAUAAAAAACAUGAGUCAUGAUCCAGCUGAAGCAUAUGUACUUUUAGACCCCAUUGCAUUUAGCGGGAGAUAUAUAGGCAUGCUCUUAUUUCUGCACUUAAAAAUCAAUGCUGUGUAAAAUUGAUUAAUUUUGGCUGGAUCACGGCCAAAGUGUAUUGCAUUCAUCAUCCAGUGAUGUUCCCUGGGUGGCCUUUGGCAAAUAGCUGUGUCUCAACCUACCCUUUUCACAGUGGUAACAAGCACUGGGAAAGUGCCAUAGAAAAGAUUGCUGGAAGUCAACUAUCUGCCAUUAGAAUGUUAGCAUUUUUCUCCCUCUAUCCAUCUAGGUACAAUGUGAAGAUGCAGAAAUUCUUUACUAUCAAAAGCAUGAAUGUUGGCAAUGGCAACACUGUCAACAGCGAACUGGAAGAUGGUAAUGAAUCUUUUGACAUUAGCUGUGAUGACCCUUCAUUGCCAUUGCUGUGGAAAGGUAAGGCUAAGCAGACAGGAGCUGGACAAAAGCUUGAUGAGAAAUAUUUUUCUCUGAUAGUGUUUCUCCAUACAUUGACAACUGGCACCUGCAACAAAAUGUUGUGAUGGGGAACACUCCUCUUUUCUGCCCCAAGUCAUCCAGCCAUGCUCUCCUUCAUGACAGGGCAUUCUGUUCCAUUUUUAUGUCCUGGUCCUUGCCCAAGAGCCAAUCACCAUUCUGUAGCAACUGAGUAUGCUCAGUUUUCAACUGGGCUGUUUUGAUGUGGGUGGUUGUGGGUGUGUGAGAGAGAAACAAAAUAAAAAAUUCCUUCCAGUAGCACCUUAGAUACUUAGUAUAUGAAGAAGUGUGCAUACACACGAAAGCUCAUACCAAUAGCAAACUUAGUUGGUCUCUAAGGUGCUACUGGAAGGAAUUUUUUUAUUUUGUUUCAACUACGGCAGACCAACACGGCUACCUACCUGUAACUAGAACUGGAGAGAGAGAGAGAGGGGCAGGCAGGCGGUUUUGGCUCCAGGAACAAUGGUACUCAUGCCUGAACAUCAGAAAUAGAGGGUAAGUUAGGCAGCUCCCACAUUAUAUAAUAUUUUCCAGUUCUUUCUUUUUUUCUUUCACUACUCUCUGAGAAUUGUAGCUAAUGUUAGCCCUACUCAGAGUAGACCCACUGAAAUCAAUGGACAUGACUAAUUUAGGUUUAUGAAUUUUAGUGGGUCUGGUUAGUGGGAUGCAACCCAAUCACAUCUGACCCAGCUAAGCCUUUUCAAAAUUACCCCAGCGCAAGGGCAAGGAGCCCUUUUCAGCCCGAAGGCCAUGCUCAGUUGUAGGGAAGCUUCCAGGGUCCUCAUGCCAGUGUUGGGCAUGGCCAGAAUCAAAAGGGAGUGGAGCAAUGGAUGCGACUCUUGCAGUUGUAUGGUAGGCUACCUGCCAGAUAUGCAGAACUCAAGACUUCAUGCACCCACAUAUAUCAGAUAUAUCUCUUCAUCACCCACCUAGCUAGCAGGUCAAUUCCAGCCAAGCAAAAGCACUCGAGCAUGGCUUGUGAGGGGCAUGUACUAGGAAGGGAAUACAGCCUAAGGAGAAUUCAGAGAUGCUGGGAUGGCCACAUGGAGCCCCAAAGAUCGAGUGGGGUGGAGGGUUAUCCACCUUUGCCCUAGCACACGUCUUCACAUGAUGCUAACACGGAUCAUAAUGUCUGUGCCUGCAGCUUUGCUGUGGUUUAUUUAUUUAUUUAAGAUUAUUAAUAGACCACUCUUCAAGUGAAAGCCUCUCGGAAUGGUUCACACCAAUUUAAAUCAACAAUCAAGUCAAUAGAAGGUACAAUAUAACCAGCAUGGACCAACCAGUGACGGAAACAAAAGAUAGAUUAAAACAAGUAAUGCGAGCUGCACAAACUAGGAAUACCUGUGUGAAUAAAAAAGGUCUUUAGCUGCUGCUGAAAAGAGAGAUUUUGCACCAGGCAAUUCUCUCUUUGCACCUGGCAAGCAUUCCAAAGUUGGGCCACUGGAAGGGAGAAUGCCCUAUAUCACCCGUCUUGUUGGCAUUCUUGCUCUCAGGUUCGGCCACACUUCUAGUGAUGCACCUCAAGAUUCCCACAGGUGCUUAUUGGCUACUCUUGGAAUCUCAGGCUUAUUUCUUGAAUGGAAGCUGGUUCACAGGCAUGCUGUUUCUUCCCUGACUGACAUGCCCUUGUGGCCACAUAGAUCAUUCAUGCAGAUACAUGCUCCCAGAUGUAUUAUAUAUAGCACCGCCUUGGGACUUAGGAUAGCAUUGUUUUUCAUGCUGCAUUCUGGAGGACCCUGGAGAACAUCAGUAAUAGGAGACAGUCAUCUCUAAAAGACAGCUUAGCAAUGUACAGCUACAGCAGAGCAUUUUAUAUAUUCCAGGAGGCCAUGCCCUCAAUUUGUACAGAGCCUCAAAAAGGCCCAACAUGCCUGGCAACGGCUCUCUUGCACCUAAGAACAUGCAAAAGACUCGUUUGCAACAUGCUGGGGUUCUGGUGCAGGUGUGCAGGGAUCCCUUGACAACUCCAUAUGAAUGGUGGAAAGCCUGGAAACUAUUUUAAUAAGGCACCAAACAGAAUUCAGCAUUAAUGUGUGGCCGCUGAGUGAGGAACAGCAGGAAAACUGAAGCAUCCAUAAGAGUGCUGGAUUCCAGUGUGGAGCAAGUGUUCUGGCACUUUGGUAUCAUGUUGUGUCCUCAGAAGCAAUUACUGGCACCCAGCUGUGCCAAGAUAUGCUGCCUUUCACAGGCUUGUCUGUGAAGUUACCAGCAAUUCCUGAGUGGGAAAGUAACAGCCAAGUGACUGGUGCAUUAGGUGGUACUACAAAGUGUUUGAAUUUUUGAAGCAGACAUUGAGAGAUGGCUCUCACCAUAUACAGACAGUCUCAACACUUGUAGGAAGAAAAGUAGGCAUUUUUUUAAAAAACUGUUUAGAAAAGGAACUGCAUCUUUUUCUUUCCUUCUCCCCCACCACCUUCCUUUUCCUGUUUAAACUAAUGCUGCAUGGAAGACUAUAUUUCUGACCCUGUUUUUUUGAUCCUGAAAGAUUUCCAUAUCAUCUAUCUAUCUAUCUAUCUAUCUAUCAUCUAUCUAUCUAUUUAUCUAUCUAUCAUCUAUCUAUCUAUCUAUCUAUCUAUCUCCUCCUCUUUACGGAAAAGAAAAGCUUUCACACAACAGUUAUCGUUAGCUUUUUCAGUAAGGGUUCAAGCAGUGAGAAUGCCAAGAGGUCUGCUCUUAGUUUUUGUCUUCCUUGCUUCGGUUUUGCUGUAAUUUUUUUCACUCAAGGGGGAAUGUUAAUACAGCGUGAGUAUCCAUCUAGCAUUGUCCUUUGUAAGAGCACUGUGCAAACUGAGCCAGAAUGAAGCUUUUUGCCAUGUUAAAGCUGCACAAUAGCUUGCCUUCAUUUGACCUCCCCUCUGCACAACUAACUGCCUCCAGGCAGCCUUUUUGCUGCUAGCUGAAAUAUGCCACAUCUUUCUGUUGCCCUGGCUGCUGAAACAUGCCCUACUUGUAGCUUUGAGCACAGCCUCCAGCAAAGCUGCCCAGGUCCUUUGGUUAACACCUCUCUUGGGUCAGUGGGGCUCAGAUCUCACCUUAAUCUUCUCCAGCGUAUGAGUGCAAGGUCUGAUUAUUUUCUAACAAAGAACACCUGCUCUCUACCCAAUGCAUUCUACAUCCUGAUGGUGGGAAUUCUAUUACUUGAGGGUGCAGAUAAAAGGGAGGUUCACAGACUGCUGAGCGGCCUUUGAAGCUUGUAACUUUUAUUGCUUCCAAGAGCUUCGACUGGAAAAACAUAAAAGCUUCUAUUACUGGAUUCUCAUAUAUAGAGAGCUUUUCACCCAGAGGAAAAUCCAAUUUCAGAGACAAGCCUUCUACGCAAGAAGAGAAGAUUUGUACCUUUGCUGCUAAUGCCCAUGUUUUGACAGUAAUAACAUGGUGGCUGGACCCCCUGGUUUUUAUUGUGAUGGUCCACAGAUUGGCUUUGAUUUCUAGCUAGUCAAUAGAAACCCCAUAGUGAUUAAAUACGUUAGGGCAUGGGAUUGUGUGGAAUAGAGGUCAGCUGCUUCAACAACUUAUUCACAUUCCAGAGGGUGGCAUUUAUCUUUUUCGGCAAAAACAACACAGAGAUGUGUGGCACUCCAUAAGAUUAACAGACUUGUUGUACCAUAGAUUUCCCUGGGCUAGAGCCCACUUUGUCUGAUACAACUUACCCAAAACAAUUGGGGCAGUGGUUCCCAAACUCCAGCACCACCCAUGGACCACUUGAAAAUUGCUGAGGCUCUUGGCAGACCACUUAAUGAUGUUUCUGCCCAUUGUACCUAUUGUAAUUUCUUAUAUUGUAUUACAAUCUGAAUUCUAAGAAAUGAAAGAAGCAAUAAAAGUACAAUAAAAAAUCAAUUUGAAUAUUCAGUGCUAUAGAUGUGCAAUCGCCCACCUUUAACCACAAAUCUGCAGACACUCUGCAGACCACCUGGAUGAAGCUGGUGGACCACUGAUGGUCCACAGACCACAGUUUGGAAAUCCCUGGACCAGGGUGCUCAGAAGGAAAAAGGACAGGACUUCUACCUAUUUGAUAAUUAUGCAGAAGAGGACAUUAUAUAUUUUUGUAUCACUUUUACCAGAAGUAAUUCUCGUUUCCCCUGCCCCACUUUACUCUAGAAGCUUGUAGCUACCCAUUGCAGAUGCUUGCUUCCUUCUGGAGAAUGACCUCCUAGAUAGGACUACUUCAGGGUAUACUGCAGCUUACCUCUUAGUGGAACAGCCAAGGGAUAAAAUGCAAUAUAUGCUCAACACUCUACUCAACCUUGAAACCUGUGUUGCAGUGUACCGUGUGGUGAAUCCACUUGAGACUGCAGCGAGUUGGUGGAAACAACGGCAUUGUUCUCCCAGGUCCCAACUCCACUCACGGAGGCAGCACAUUUGUUCCCCCAGCCUGGCUUGGCUAUAAAUGCUUAUGGGUCAGGUCUGGGUCUUUUCUUUAAGCAAUGGACAGAUUCUUUCCCCCAUUCCCAUCUACAAAACUCUUCAAAUACAUUCCAAGCCUCAGCACAUCCCAUCCUCUUUGCCUGUUCACCAGUCUCUGUGCCUGCCUGUCCUUCAGCUCUCCCCUCUAGGCUUUCCCAUCUUCUCCACCUGAGAAGUUCCAUCUCAUCCUGCUGAGAUUUAUGCAAGCAGCACCCUGGUUUCCUUGGUACCCAUGGCUUGGUGCUGAUGUAUAAUCUCAAGGGGCAAAGAGAAUCAGUUUGAAGCAACAGAGCCAGAGGACUUGCUACAAGCAGAAGAGUAAUGUGCUGUGUUUGCAGUUAAGCUGCAGUUGGUGAUGGAGGAGGAAUAUGAUUCAGGUUGCAUUUAAAUGAAAACUUGUUUAAUUUGCACUUUCCAAAACAGUACAAGGACUGAAACACAGCCAUCUUUCGAAUUUCAUAUAUGUCUGAAAUUUGCAGCGCACUUCUCCAGCCAAGUAAUGUGUACAAAAAUGCAUUUACUAGGAUACAGUGUACAUAAAAAUACAUAUAUCAGUCAAAAUAACAUUCAAAAAUGCAUUAUGCUAGUGAAAACUGCUUGGUAAAAAUGUGCACAUUAGGGGAAAUGUUUGUAAAAUGUGUGUGUUAGGAGAAAUUUGCAAUACAAUGCUGGUGAGUUUUCAUGAGGACUUUUAAGAAAAUUGCAAACUGAUGUGCAAGGAACUUAAGAUUGGAAAAAUGAGAAACUGAAACUGAGAGAAGCUAAAAUUGACAGAUUCGUCCAGCCACAGCCAAGUCUUCCUGGGUCCAGGACCUUGAUGCCUCUAUACAUAUAAUACAGCCUCCAUCCUUGUAUAUCCUCCCAGGUACUUCAAUGCUCAUUCCUCAGUCUCAUUGGGGCUCCUCAAGCAAGUUCCGUAGCAACUGCAUUGAUGCUUCUGUGUUGCUUUUAAUAAUGUGCUUCACCCGAGAGAGGCUUCCUUAGUAAGAUUAGCUCUUUAAAAAAUGUCAUGACUUCUUAUUCCACUAAAAUCCAGCGAUAAGCAUCUGUGGCUGUCUCUUGCUCUUGAUAAUAAUCAUACUUAAUGGCACUUAGUACUCCUGUAGCACUUUUGCCUAAGUGCUCAAGUGCUUCUCAUAGAUUAUUCUCAGUAAUGCCUGCAACAAUUCCAUUAGAUAGAUAGAACAAUAUUUCCAUCCUUAUUAAAGGUAUUGUGGCUAAAGCUAAGGUAGUGGCAUGCCUAAGGCCAUCUAUGUUAAGUUCACGGCUCAGCUGGCAUUUGAACCAGGCCAUUCCAGCUCAUAUAUUCUGGUUUAACCAUCUGAGGGGAGACUUUCACACUGGAGGUGAACCUUUGGACCUCUGGAUGUUGAACUGCUGAACUGCAACUCCCAUCAGCCCCUACAAGCAUGGGCAAUGGUGAGGGAAGAUGAGAGUUGUAGUUCAGACUUAUAGGUUCUCCACACUGUCUUUAACCAGCUUCCUGAAGAUUAAGAGUACCAUGCAUAAGCUGCAGCCUUCCAGCACCUACGGCAGUCAUUGUGCUCGAUCCAGACUGAGUGAGUUGUAGUUAAUUCCCCACUGAAAUUAAUGGGGCUUUACGCAGUCAUGACUAGUGCUGCCUCCAGGUUUUGGAGGCCAUUGGGCAAGACACCCUCCAGGAGCACUCCUCUAUUAGUAAACAUAGCUCUUCACUUCAGCAGGUUAAGGUUGACGCCGGAUACCUGGCUAUGCUGACCCUUGAUAGGCAUGACUAACUUUCAGUGCAGCCCGGGUUCAGUUAAACCUAUGUGCAGCACAAAGGUGUAGUUUUUCUCAGUCCAGAGUCGUUCAUGCUAAUCCUCAACAUGCUGCUUUCAGUCUUGAUUAAUUCUACAUCUUACCUUCCACAAAGUUACUUGAUACAGUGGACGCUCGGGUUGCGAAUGUGAUCCGUGCAGGAUGCAUGUUCGCAACCCGCAGCGGCGUGUCUGUGCACACGCGGGUUGCGAUUUGGCACUUCUGUGCAUGCGCAAAGCGCGAUUUAGCGCUUCUGUGCAUGCGCGACCUUCGAAACCCGGAAGCAACCCAUUCCAGUAUUUUCGGUGGGUCUGUAACCUGAAAAAACACAACUUGAAGUGUCUGUAACCCGAGGUAUGACUGUACACAUUUGAAAACCCAUCCCUUGGUUAGGUUACCCGCACCUUUUGCUUCCUACACAUGCCUUGGGUGAAUGAAGGAGGUGGGAAUCCUGGUAUAUGCCCACUCACCAUGUCAUUGGGCAGGUGUAGACACACACACACACACACACAAUCGCUGGGACCACCUACAUCUGUUUUCAAAUGAAUACACUGGGGGCCCCAGUUCAGUACAGAAUUGUGUGAGCAGGGGGCAGGGACCCGUCAUCUGAGCUCAGCCUUGAGAGAUGCUUCAGGUGAUAGCCUGAUACAGUCUGAAACUAAAUGUUAGUUUUGACCCCUUCCCCACCUCUCUCACCGGUCUUCAUCUGUUUUAGAUAACAGGCAUGUGAUCACCAGGUUUGAGAUUUUUCUGAGGGUUCUUCUGUUAUUCUUUUGUUUGAGUUGAAUGUUUUCACUGAUCUCCAGUGCUUUUGAACUGAAAUUCUACACUAAUGACUCAUUUGUUUAUUUCAUUUUCCUGUUGACUAAAUUUUCCUGUUCCUGCUAAUGUAAGUAACCUGCUGUAAAUGUAUAUGUAUAUAUUUAUCCAACUUGAUAAGUGAGGCAAUAAAGAAUGGUAUUGCCCCUCCAUUCUUUCCCUUCCCCAUUGUCCACAUCCCCUUUUUCUCUGGGGUUAAUAUUUUACUUCAUUGCAAUGUGUUUUCUAACACCACAUGUCUCCUGUCUGCUAAGCCUUGCUACACUUGCUAUGUCCAGCUGGUUGCAUUUGUUGUUAAUACUUGCAUGCAUUUAUUAUGUGUUCCUUUUAUUAAUUCUCAGGGCUGCAUGUCCCCCUGACCCCUCUGGUUUAGUAACAGAGUUAAGGAUAGCUUAAAGCUCCCAUUUAUAUAUAAAUUGUCGCAAUUCCUUUGAAACAAGUCUUUGCUAAGCAGCACAGUAACCUGAAAAGUUACAGUGAAGACAAAAGCACCUUCUAAAACCAUAGUUGAGGCUGAAAGGAUUAAAUCAUUUGGUUGCUAGGGCAAUGAACUGGCUACAAACUUGCUCAUUCUUUUGUUGAAUAGUAAUACUCAUUUUUGAGGAGCUGUCUUCUCUGUCUCAGCAGUGAUUGACACUUUAGUGUUAUUAUUGGGUUGGACCCACUAUGUGUGUGCAGAACUACUCCCACACUACUCUCCAUGUUGUCCUGCUGACAGAAAUGGGGGAGGGGAUUUUCAGAUAUUCCCCUCCUUUCCCCUUGCAGCCCCCUGUGUCCCCUAAAAAUCUCUGCUCAAGUGUUGGGGGACAAUCUAGGAACAGCAUGGGAGUUGGCACUGAGAGCAAUGGGCAGAAGGUGUAAUUAGUGAAUAUUGCCUCCUGGGAAAGGGCAAGUCUGAAUCCAACCUGUUAUAAGGAGUUAUUUAUUAUGAUGGUGCAUAUUCCAGACAAGUUAUGCACUUUUAAGGCCUAUUAAUUCUGAUGGCAGAGAGGUGAGCACAUGCUAACUGUUUCUGUUAAGAUCAAUGAGAUGGAACUUGGGAUAGAUUGUAGCCUUGAUUAUAAAUUUACCAUGUGAAAUUUAGUAGGUGCUAUACAAUAAGAUUACGUUAUAACAGACAAAUUAUUAAGCAGUUGAUUAAAUUAAUGAAGGAGACUCGUGGGUCAAGGUGAAGUGCAAAGGGGAAACCUGUCUGUUUCCACACAUACCCAAUCUCUUUCCACACAACUGCAGCAUAAAAUGGCAUUGUUGACGUACUACCUAAUUUUGCUGAUUUACGAUUUUUAAGGCUCCAGGUGACAUUACGCUUCUGCAACCUAUAAAAGCCAUUAAGGGGCAAGUAAGGGCAGAGGCAGGCACAGAAAAGGAAGCAGAUUGUAUAGCUAACCAUUGGCAUUGUGGUCAAUAGUGAAGGGAACGCAACAGUAUGGCCGAAACUCCGUUGUGAUGGUCGAUGAGAUCAUUUGUUCCAGUCCUCCAAAAUAUCGUUUCCCUGAAGCUGGCUUGCGAAUAAUGAUUACAAACAAAUUUGGGCCGAGAACCAGGCUACGGAUGGCAAGCAGGAUUAUUAUUAAUGAGGUGAGUCUGCAAGGGCGGGAAUAAUUAAAGCGCUUACUCAAUCAUCUUUUUAUUUUUCGCAAUUCAUUUCAUCACUGUUAUGUAUUGUUUGUGCAGCGGUCAAUGUAUAUGAUGGUUUACGGAAUAAUUUAUUUGGAAAGUACUUUGCCCAAAGGCAUUCACAAUCUACUAAAGUUUUACAGCAAGAAGGGAAUUGGAAAGAGGAGGGAUAGGGGCGAAAAAGGGAACGAGGGAACAAAUGCAUGUAAUUUGUUGUGGUUCCAUAUUUCAUUGUCUGAAAUACUCCUUCACACAAGCUGCAGUCCUGAAAUACUUCUUCACACAUGGAUGUGGUAGCAGCCACCACCUUAGGUAGCUUUUUAAAAGGCAUUAGAUAAAUCUGUAAGGGAAAGCUCUAUCAGUGAAUAUUAGCUGCAAAGGUGUACAGAACCUUUCUGUCCAGAGGCAGUAUCUGGGGAGCAGCAAUGGGAGACUGCUCUUGCCUUGACAGAAGCAUUCAGCUGACCACAGUGUGGAAACAGGAUGUUGGACUAGAUCAGGGUGUCCCAAACAUGGAUCUCCAGCUGUUUUUGGACUACAGUUCCCAUCAUACCUGACCACUGGUCCUGCUAGUAAGGGAUGGUGGGAGCUGUAGUCGCAAAAAGCAGCUGGAGACUCGAGUUUGGGAAACCCUGCACUAGAUUAACCUUUUGUCAUAUCCAGCAAGCCUAUUUGUAUUUUUGUGUGGUUAAGAAUGAAGAUGUGUGACAGCUUAAGCAAGCAAUGACUUCAUAAGGUAAAGGUAAAGGGACCCCUGACCAUUAGGUCCAGUCGUGGCCGACUCUGGAGUUGCGGUGCUCAUCUCGCUUUAUUGGCCGAGAGAGCCGGCGUACAGCUUCCGGGUCAUGUGGCCAGCAUGACUAAGCUGCUUCUGGUGAACCAGAGCAGUGCACAGAAACGCUGUUUACCUUCCUGCCAGAGCGGUACCUAUUUAUCUAUUUGCACUUGACGUGCUUUCGAAAUGCUAGGUUGGCAGGAGCAGGGACCGAGCAACAGGAGCUCACCCUGUCGCAGGGAUUCGAACCGCCAACCUUCUGAUCGGCAAGUCCUAGGCUCUGUGGUUUAACUCACAGUGCCACCCGUGUCCCUUUGAACGACUUCAUAGGUAAUACUUAACUGGAUUUGGGCUCUUGUUUCCAGUGAUAAUGUCUAGGCUCAUUGUUUCUGACCAUUGGCCACUUGCCAACAACAUCUGGCGAGCCGCUGGCUCCCUACCCCUGGUCUAGGCAAGAUGAACAGGAGGGCAUUUUAAAGUGCACUUCUAGUGAUGGCAAAAAUAUGGUCCAGAUGAAGAUAGGCAGCUAUUCUGAUUUCUUGUUAACCUAGAUGCCCUUUUUGUAGCAUACAGAAGAUCCCAUCUCACUGUAUUUAUUUAAAAAAUAGUAGUUCACUUUUCCUCCAAAGGCAGCAUGCAUGAUUCUCUCCCCUUUUCACUCAUAUUUUAUCCUCAAAACAACCCUGUGAGGGUAAGUUAGGCUGAGAUAGUGACCUUCAUGAUUGUAAGGGAGUUUUGAACCUGAGUCUCCCCAGUUCUUGUCUGAGACUUUACUGUAGGCGUAUUAAAUAUUCUUCUCUCUCUAUUUUAUCAAUGUGCUACCCCUCCAGUUAUUGAGAUAUCUUUCUUUUCUGCAUUUCCAAUGUUCUAUUGGAGCUCAAGGGAAGGAAUAAAUUUUAUGGUUCUUGAUAUUAUUUAUGUUGAUGCAAGAGGAAAACUUAUAUAGAAAUAACUUUGGCAGCAGCAUUUCAUAUAUAUCAACACGAUUUUCAGUCUGAAAGAAAGAAGGCCACACAUGUGCUGAAAAUAUGCCAGAGUAAAUCUUUGGAUCCAACCAUAGAGGGCCAGAAAUGGCUAACUGAUGAAUUCUAAAACCAGAAUUGCCCAAAGAUGACACGGAGGGAGGGAGUACUUUAUGGCAAAAUUAUAUAAACAAACAAAAACAAGUAAGAUUAGGAAACACUCCAGAAAUGGUGUAUUCACUGGAUUUGGUUCACAUGUCUUCUAGCGCCAGCGACUAAUUCAUGCUGCCAAUGGCAAGCUGAUCCAGAAUGGGAAGCAUGAGAAUAUCGAAAAUGGGGCCAUCCAUGUUGAUAACCAAGAAGAGGAGCAUGAACAUACCAACCUGUCUCCUUUUUCACCACCAGGUAAAUCUCAAUUGUAAUACAGAAUGAAUGGGUGAGCAAGAUCGCUUUGCCCCAUGGAACCAGCCAUGGCAUUCAGCUUCCAAACUAUCACCACCACCCUCCAGCCAGCCGGUUCCUCUCACUUCCAGCUCUAAGAACAUGAAAAGCUGGACCAGACCAUUGGUCCAUCUAGCUCAGCAUUGUCUGCACUGACUAGCAGUGGCUCAGGCCAGGGUUUCACGCAAGGGUCUUUACCAGCACGACCUGGAGAUGCUGGGUAUUAAGCAAGGGUCCUUCUGCAUCAAAAGCAUGUGCUUUGCCACUGAGACCCAGCUCUUCUCCUUUUCCUUUGAUCACCAGUUAUGUCGUUUCCCCAUUCUCCUACUCUGCUUUGUCUUCUUACUGGUUGGCCCAGCAAAAAGGAGAAUAGGUAUAUUCAAGUUGCCUGCUUGGGUCGUCUACCAUUUGGAGACUCCAGGGAGCGGGGUUCAUUAACGUGUGCUCACCCAGGGGCCAGGGAUAGUAUGCAAGGCAAACUUUUCAUCUGUACACAAGUGAAUCUUGUACACAUGUUUGGAAUUGUUUGGCUGCAAUAAAAGUAGUCUCCAAGUUAUGAUCUCAGUGAGUGAAUAUUUGGUCUCCUUAAAGUGAACUCGUAUUCCUUAUCAGCUUUAUAUUUCCAGAAACGAUAUCUUAGAUUUGUUGCCAUUGCAAGUGGUCUUAGUAUUUUGGGUUAGGAAAUGUGCACAAAGGGAAUAUCUGAAUCACAAACUGAUUUAAGAAACAACUCCUCUUCCCAGGCAGCCCAGGAAAGGGCAGUUAUGUGAAGAUGGCAAAGAGAAUUCUCAUCUUUCUCAGCAAACUAAAAAACACACACCACAGGAUACUUUAUAGGAAGCCAAAGCAGCUAAAGUGAUAUAGAAUGCUUGUACAUUUAUGUGAAGACAUGCCCCAGGGACUGAUUGUGGCAUAUGGAUGAGUCUUACGGGGUACAUUCAGACUAUUCCUGCAAAUCCAUGCUUCCUUCCUCAAGAAUUGCAGGCUUCAGUUUCCCCCUCCCCUUUAAAUGCUGAAGUUGCAAUAUUGUACCCACAUGUCCCCUUCCUUGAAACUCCUUCAGAUAAAUUAGAUGCAAUUUGCUGUAGAUUAAAAAAAGAGACCUUGAGAGGGGGAGGGUCAUCAAAUGGUUCAGAUCACGGAAGUAGCUAGAUCUUACAUAUACUGUACUCUACUGGUUUCCGUGGACCUCAUCAGACGCCACAGGGUUCUUGGUUUUUUCUGCUGCAACAUACCCACCGGGAAAUUAUUUUAAUAGAGCGCCCGCAGCAAAUUGUGCCCAUUGGGUCAAAUAUCUAUGCCUUCCACUUCCUGACUUUAAUCAGACCCAGUUCAUCCAGCCCUAAGAAUAAAUGACUGCUGUGAAUUGUUAUGAAGAUACAAAACUUCUUCUAACCUUAAGGUUAGAAGAAAUUGCUGACAACAGCUUAAAACCAAUCUGUGGUUUUUGGCUAUUGGUUUAGCUAUGCUCCAAAUUGUUUUCUAUUCUCUGUGUUUCAUUGGAAAACUCGUAUAGUCUUUGAUCUAUAUUCAGUAUGUAGCAAGUGAAUUACAUUGCUCGUAUCUUGUUAAGUCACUUUGAAACCUUUUCUUUUUUAUAUAAAUUGACUGGCAAAUGUAAAUUAUAGUCACAAUCGUAAUGGCUCUUCCCUCCUCUCCCCUUUUGGGAUUUGUUUAGCUCCCUGAACUUCAUCAUCAUCAUUAUUUUACCAGUCGCUGGUAACCAAAGGAUGGGAGAGUUCUCUUGUUCUCUUGUCCUCAAAUCCUGCUUGCUGGUUUCCCACAGGCUUCUGAUUGGCCACUGUGAGAACCGUAUGCAGGGCUUGAUGAGCCAUUGGUCUCAUCCAGCAGGCUAUAUAUAUAUAUAUAUAUAUAUAUAUAUAUAUAUAUAUAUAUGCAACCUGCAUUUAAUAAUAAUAAUAAUAAUAAUAAUAAUAAUAAAAAGAGUGAGAUAGAAAUGAACAAACAGAACUUAUUACAUGCUGUAAGGCAUAGUGGUUUGAAUUAAGAAUAGAACUGCUGGUUUAGCUACUAGCUUAAUUUUAAUUUGUUUAUUCAGCUUCUUCUUUUUAAAGAACAUCCCUUACAAUAGUUGAUGUACAGCCGACCGCACUGACCAGCAGCUCUUAUGCUUCAGACUACAAAGGAGCAAUGGAUCAGUUAAGAAUUCAAGGGUUUACAUAAGAGCCCUGAAGACCUGUGGCAUAAAAUCAUGAGGGUUUUUUUAGUAUCUGUUCUUCUGCUGUUGAAUUUUGUUGAUAUUCUAGGACUUCUGCAUGCACAAUGAGAAUUCCUUUCCCUCUCCUCUCCCCAUGUGCCCCCCCAAAUCUGUUCUCUGUUUUCCACCAACCUUCUGGAAAAAAAUUUGGGGUAGGGUAGGGACACAUGGAGAGAGGAAAGGUAGAGGAGCUCCUGUUGUACAGGCAGAAGUCCUUGUGUUAACAAGAUGACUUUGCAGGAUACAACCCUGUAUGUCUUUGGUCUGUAACAUCUCAAGGCCAAACUACACAUUCAAAUUUCUGUAAUGGUUUUGGUUUUUUUAAUGAAUAGUCAUGGAAGGCCAGGGAGAGAGUAUAGAUCAGAACGUUGUCAUAGAGGGAGGUUUUACCCUUUCUUCACAUCAAGCUCAUGAUCCACCACAACUGUUCAAAAAGGGAGGAAAGCAAGCAUUACCCGCCACCAUCCUCCAAAGUGGCCCAGUCGCAAAACAGUUUUCACCACUGCAAGUUGUUGUUUUUAGGAAGAGACAGGGGUUUUCAGCUGUUCGGUUAGAAAGGCUACAUGGCACAAGUGCAGAAUUUGGCAUGAAAUCAACAUUCAGGUGCCAGUGUUUGGGGGCUUAUUUUAAGGCAAAUAUUGAGGUUUCCUGGCUUAAUGAAUUACAGUCAUACCUCAGGUAGCUUCAGGAUAAGUAUUUUCGGGUUGCGCGCUGUGGCGACCCGGAAGUAACGGAGCGCGUUACUUCUGGGUUUCGCCGCUUGUGCAUGUGCAGACGGUCAAAAUGACGUCACGCGCAUGCGCAGAAGCGGCAAAUCGCUACCCGUGCAUGCGCGGACGCUGGUUGCAUUCGCUUCUGGAUGCGAAUGGGGCUCCGGAACGGACCCCGUUCGCAUCCAGAGGUACCACUGUAUUUAUUGAUAAGUUUAAGCAAUGUGGGGAUUGCCUUUUAAAUUGUCCUCAGUGAAGGUUCUAGGGUAAGCAGUUUUCCUUCCCUAGUCUGUUCUACUCAUUGUGAUCCCAAGAGCAAUUUGAAAGGUGCCUUGAACACCACUGGUAAUCAGUGACAGAACUAUUCCUGCUAGGCAAUGUGGUGGAAUUGACAGAGCAUUAGACUAGGACUGGAGAGACUUGGAUUCAAAUCUCUGUUUGGGGCCUAACUCAAGCAUCAUGUCGGUGAAAAAGUGGACAGGGCUAUACCUGCUGGAAUCUCCUUGUUACAAAACUGUUGAAGCUGCAGGAGCCUUGUUGUAUCUGGCCACUCUACCAGCAUGACUGUGUCUUAGUUUGUUUUCACACUAGCAUUUUCCCUGGUAUUGACAGCACUAGUAAAUGGCAUGGUGGAGCAGAGGCACUUUGCCUGAUCUCGUGGCAGGUGACUCAUUGUUUCUUACCAGGAGGGUGAGGGUGGAGGCAGUGGGGAGGGCACCGCAGUGCAAACACAGUAGCCAGGAGCAUUGCAUUGACUCUGCUGAUACAUUUGCACCAUGCUGCCACCUCAUGCCUCCCCCUACAACGAAACUGCAGCAGUGCAGCUGACUGGAGGUCAUGUCUCUCCAUCCCACCAUGCUACUGAUUGCCAAUCUUUCUCCACUAACUUUUACGGUGCAUUCAAGCAUUGUCAGCCCAGUGCAUUAUAGUAUUUUCUGCUCAGAUGUUUUGUCAGUUCUGAGUUCAGAUGAAUUAAAAAACCCCAGAAAAACCCACAACUGCAGCACCAACUAUCUAGUGCAACAGACAAACUGCUUCAUGGGUAUGAUCUGUUUUGUGGCUUCUUGUGGAUCGAGGCUGAGGGGUUUUCCAUUGCACAGGGCUUCCACUGACAGAACCCAUUAACUGAAUCCUGUCCAAUAGGUUAACUGUUUUCUGUACAUGCAUACUAAAGGCCAAAGUAGACAUGAGGCAAGAAUGUGGUUGAUAACGCUAAUGUGGAGGGUGGAGCAGGGAUCGGGGCCAUGUUUUUGUUGGCAUCUUAUUUUAUUCUGAACAGUUGCUGUAGUACCAUAUGGGCACCAAUAAAUUGCAUGUUGGUAUAUUUUUAAAAAAAUUAUCAACGUGCCCACAUUUUAUGUUUAAGUACUGAUAUUCAAAUUGCUCCUUUUCCCUUUCUUAUUUUUCAGAAGGAAAAAUGGACAAAGUCAAGUGGAUUCUGACCUGGCCGCUGAUAAUCCUCCUCUUUUUCACCAUCCCAAACUGCAGCAAACCACGAUGGGAGAAUUUUUUCAUGCUGACGUUUCUCUUAUCCACCCUGUGGAUUGCUGUGUUUUCCUACUUUAUGGUGUGGCUGGUGAGUGCAAAGACACUUUUUAACAUGAAGAUUUAUUUUGAAAUACAGUUCAGAAUACAGGUUCCAGUAAGGAAUAACUCCACAUACCAACACAGGAGGUAGGGAAUAGAUGACGUGAUAGAGGCACUAUUGGCCAUGAUAUGCACUCAUCCUAUUAUCAUCUCUGCUCACACAAACAGGGACAUUUCUUUGUUGGGUUCAGUAACCUGCAAAACAAAUUUGGCCAGCGAGAACAAUGGGGCAAAAGCGUGUGUGUAAUUGUAGGCAUCUACAUAUUUACUAUAUAGUUUUGUAGCCUUAAUUAUAUUUUAUGGUCAUUUGUUUUUUUAAAAACAUAGGCAACUGAACUACCAUCUUACCACCACCAUUUAAUUAUUUUAAAACAAGUUUAUGCAUCACAUUUUUAUUUUGCAUUUCCUCCAAGGAAUGCACAUACAUUGUUCUCACUUGCUAAUUUUACCUUCACAACAAGCCGUGAGGCAUUUUGGACUGAGCUAUGGUGGCUGGUCUGAGAUCAUCCAGGCAUCUUCAGGGUUGAGUGGGGAUUUGAACCUCAGUUUUCCCAGUUCUAGUCUUCUAUAGUAGCUCAGGCCCAGGGGCCAUAUGAGGUCCUUUCAAGUCUCUACCCCACUCCUGGGACUCUCAUCAGGCCAAGCCCCCUCUCCCCAGACCACAACACCUUACUCAUCCUGCUCUGUGCCCUCCUCAAAAGGGCUUUAGCCCAGGGGAAUGUGUCCUCGAACCAUAACAAUACUUCUUGCUUGUUUGGAUGGAGACAGGUGUCUGUGUGUGUCUGUGAGUGUCUGUGAGUAAGCCUAUGAUUGGCUGGAAAUUCCCCUAAUGGGCAAAGGUAAGAGACACACACAUUGUUCUGUGCACUUUUUACCUGCCCGCCUGCUGCAACCACCACACCACGUUGGGGGACCCAUCUGCACUAUACAGUUAAAGCACUGUUAUGCUUCUUUAACAGUCAUGGCUUUCCCCCAAAGCAUCCUGGGAGCUGUAGUUUGGGUGUUGAGAGAUGUUAGGAGACCCCUAUUCCUCUCACAGAGCUACAAUUCUCAGAGUUCCCUGGGGAAGAGGGAUUGUUUGUUGAACCCCGUCUGGGAACUGUGGCUCUGUGAACAGGUUUCUCCUAACAACUCUCAGCACCCUUAACAAACUACACAGUUCCCAGCAUGCUUUGGGGGAAGCCAUGACUGUUCACAGUGGUAUAAUAGUACUUUAAAUGUAUGGUGGCCUGGCUUUCUAUGGUUUUCCUGCUGUGUUAGAUCAGCAGCGAAGAGUCGUGCCCGUUGGAGGAGAAAUAUAUUGGUAUUUAGGAUAGAACCCAAGGGCUGCAUAGUUGAACCAUCCCAGGCAGCUUAUGUACGGAUUGCCACUUCACAUGUUUUUUGAUGCCUCACACAGGCGCUGGGAAUGUCUCCCGCACAAUUUCUAUUAAAUGAAUGGGAGGUAGACAAAGGAACACACCACACAGCUCUCCUCUUGUGGAUGAUCCCUGUUAUCUGCAAGUACCUUUUUGUUGUUGUUCUAGGUGGUUAGGCAAAUUAUUGCUGCAAUUUAGUUCCAUUUCUGAAAUUCUCAUGUUUGUGUGUUUGAUUCACUUUAAUUCCCACACACUUAAAGUAUCCUGUGAGUCACAAUUCUUAUCGUGAACGCAGGGCCGCCAAAAAAGAGGCUUCUCUAUUGUUUUCAACUCCUGUGUUUUCCUUUGUCGCGUAGGUUACAGUGAUUGGUUACACUCUGGGGAUCCCUGAUGUUAUCAUGGGCAUUACCUUCCUAGCUGCAGGAACCAGUGUGCCAGACUGUAUGGCCAGUUUAAUAGUAGCAAGACAAGGUAUGGUCUGCAUUGGUUUCAGGGAAAUGGGGCGCGUGUUCUCGACACAUUCAAGCAAUUCUCUUGCGUGUGAUAUACACAAAUGGGUUUGACCCUGUUUGAAAAGCAAUGUGUGGCUAAAAUAGGGUUGCAAUGGUUAAUUGCUUAGAUUAAUCAAAUAAAUACUUUUCAUUAACUAAAUAGGUGCUCUUGAUUAAUUGGGUAGCAGGUAUAUGCAUACACUUGAGGAAAAGGACAGAAUACCUCGUUUAAGAUGUUGCUGGACACCUGCAGUUUUGUAGAAGUUAAAAAUUACUGGUUCUGGUAUGCAUAUGCAAUUUUUUAACCAGUUUUUAUAAGGUACCCCCCCUUUCAUAUAAGAUCUCUGCUGCUAUGCACAUAUUAGAUCAUCUAGAAAGAAAGGGGGGGUUCCAUGUCAUACUAAAACAAAUGUUCAGUCAGUGCAACAUUUCUGCUUCCCUGCUAGAAUAACCUCCCCUCUCCUUCCCUUGCGUGCUGUUCUGGGGAAGUGGGUUCUCCCAGAAGUUAACUCUCCAGAUGUUGUUGAGCUGCAUCUCCCAUCAUCCCUAUUAACCAAUGAUGCAUGGGGCUGCUGGGAGCUGGAGUUCAACAACAUCUGGAGGGCCACAGGUUUCCCAUUUCUGAUUGGGUUUUGUACUGGUCAAGGGAAGAAAUCAAUGGAGAGCCCUAGAAUCCAUGCUCAAAUUUUUACUCCAACCUCAGAGUUAAUGUGGCAUAUCUUAAAUCAACUUUUUGACCUUUAAGUAGGUCUCUUAAAUUUGAAUCAUCAGUCAAGAAAAUAAUUACAGCUGAAAUAAAAAGUACUAGCUAUUAGAAUUAAGUGAAUGUCAUUGUAUUAAGAUACAUGACUAAGGUGCCAAGGGUGUCACAUAAUCCUCCAAGAUUUAGUCUUUGCAUACCUUAGGACUACAAAUAUACUAUGGUUUUGAACCAGUCCAGAUGACAUGGGACUCAUUCCCACACUAUGAGCUAUGAAGACUGCUGUUUUCUAAACCUGGUGAACAUUCUCAGAGAGAUCCCUGGCCAGCACACAAACCUAUAGCCCCCAAGGCCAUGACAGCUAAGCCCAUAUAACCCUUCUUUGAUAACAAGAGUUACUGUAUCAGUCUGAUUUGGGGGUGGGGGUCAAAUGUACCAAGAGAAAACCAUAAAAAUAAAACAUGCAAGAAUGGUGAUAAGCUUAUUGCCUAAACAUGACUUGUCCUCUCUACUUCUUGCUUGGUUGUAAAGACAGUCGUUGCAUGAAUAAAUGUGCUUGUUUUAAUUGUGAAAUUAUUCCCUUUUCAGGCUUAGGUGACAUGGCAGUUUCCAAUACAAUUGGCAGCAAUGUGUUUGACAUUCUGGUGGGCCUCGGAGUGCCAUGGGGCUUGCAGACGAUGGUGGUUAAUUACGGCUCAUUUGUACGUAUACAAACUUAGACAUUCCUCAUUAAACUUCUUGUUUCAGAAGCAGAUACAGUUGAAAGACCAUUAUCUGGGCACUGCUUAGCUGAAAUUCCUAGGUGUUCAAAUUCACUGUGUGUCCAGUCCUCCAAAAAUUCAGACACACACGAGAGAGAGAGAGAGAGAGAGAGAGAGAGAGAGAGAGAACACUGUACAUAGAUUCCAUAAUUUGAUUUCUCCAACCCAGAUCUUUCUUGACCAAGUACUUUGAUCCCCUGCUAUGACACCACUAUAGUUUGGGGAGUUGGGCCUUGCAAGGCAGGGGUGGAGAACCAUUGGCCCUCCAGUUGUUGUUGCGCUACAACUCACAUCAUUAUCCCUGACAGUUGGCCAUGAAGGGCCUUGAUUAAGUAGCCCUGCUGGCAGGUGAAAAAAUUGGCCACUUUUUCUCACUUCACAUGGGCCAGCUGCCCAACUGGAAGUAGUGCCUUGACUGUUGCAAACUCCACAGUUACAAUACAUGUCCAAUGAGUUCAGCCACACAUAAAGCAGCAAGACAACCCAGAAUCCUCCCCAAUAAUACAGAGGCAUCUGCAGUGUCCUUCUGUUUAUCAUGGGUACCCAACAAUAGGCCAUAGAACAGCCGGUGGGCUGUGCCUGGCUUAAGGCACUGUGUAGCUCAAUAUAAUGGGUGGUUCUACAUGUUGAAGCUUCCCCAACUGCUACUGGUUUCUCAUUUGUUAGUCUUCAGCUCCUGGUUUGAUAGGAUUGCUCCCUCUGCUGUUGCCAAAGAUACAGCCUUAUCCUCUCCUCACUUUGCCCAGUCAAAAGCACAGAAAGAUCAGUGGCGGACUUUGGGCUCUGAAAUUUCAGCAGCGCCCUGUGCCAUGCUAAAAUUUGGCACCCCUCCCUUGCCUCUCACGCUCCAUUCUACAUCAUUGUUGUGGCACCCCCUGCAGCACUGGCGCCAAGUGUGGCAGAAGCAGUCCUGCUACCCUAAAACCACCUCUGCAGAGAUGCAUUACACUCCAGGUUCCUGUUUGGAGCUGGUUUUUGUUGUGGAAAAUAAUGUCUGAUCACUGCUGCUCUCUGGUUCUUUAAUCAGAUCCUUUUCCGCUGAUGUCCAUAGCACAGUCCCCAUUGACUUCAAAUGAACAGAAAAUUUCCUUUGUUUAUACAGAACUAAACCUCGUUCAUUAUUUUUGCAUGCACCAUGUUACGUAGAAAACAGCAAUUUGCUAGUUAGUGCGUCCUUGAGGUACAGUGGCAUAGUUUUCAGCUGCAUUUUUCUCCUUCUGAUUUUCAUAGGUCAAGAUAAACAGCAAAGGUCUAGUCUAUUCUGUCGUCCUUCUCCUGGGAUCUGUAGCUCUUACUGUAAGUGUGUAUUGUAUUAGUCAUUCUUUGCAUCCAGUCAGUUUCAUGUGGUACAGCUAUAUAAUUUGAAUGUGAUGCCAGAAGCCAGGUUCUCCAGAGAACUUCACAAUUCGUGUAUUUUUAGAUGCCAAAGCUUCAUUGAAAUCCAUGAAAUCUCAAGAGGUAUAUUUCCUUUAUAUUUUAGGUAACACUAAAGGCAGCUGCAAAUCUCUCCUGACUAGAGCAACAUGCUGUCAUGUUUCAAGGCUGUCAUUCAGUUAAAUAAAUCCUAAUUGAUUGAUCACAUGAACUGUAGUUAGUCAGUUAAAUUUCCAGACAUGUUUUAAUUUAAGAUAAAUAAUGGUUCUGAAGUGAUGAUGAUGAUGAUAUACUUCCUUUGGGUUUUAUCCAGCAUUGCAGAAUCUGUAUCAUGGGCUAGGUAUUGACCAAGGUCCAUACCACAACAGGUGACCCCCCUCCAAGCCCUAUCUCUCUGCAUAUCCUCCUCCUCUGCCGCCACUUUUGUACCCUUUUUAUGCGAGUGAGCAUUGGACAAGAUGCUCCCCUUCUGCUCCCAUCCUGCUGUUUGUGUACUGCAAAGCUUCACUCAGAAACCCCUGACAGUCUCUCAUCCGCUACUGGUAUGUGUGGAGUAAAAAAUCCUCAUGACAUCAGAAUGCAUGGAUGCCAGUUUCCUUGUGCAGUGAUUGAAAUACAAAUUUAGAAAGGUCCUUUGAGGCUGAAGCGUUUGUUUCCUCCAAUACUUGUUUAACUCAUGCAUCAUAUUCUUGCAGGUUGGCGGGAUCCAUAUAAACAAAUGGAAACUUGACAAGAAACUGGGCAUCUACGUGCUCGUCCUUUACGCCGUUUUCUUGUGCUUCUCGAUACUGAUAGAGUUUAACGUCUUCACUUUUGUCAACUUUCCAAUGUGCCGAGAAGAUGACUGA